AAAAAAGACAUAAAUCCACCUGGGAGCACGAGGAAUCCCUAAUUUAUACCCAUCAAGUCAGAGAGGGAGGGGAGCGAAUGGAAAGGUAAUCUCUGUUAUUUACUCUCUCUGACCGCCGACCUUUGCUCCAACAUUCCUCAACAGUGAUUUGUGGAUGUUAAGGAGCUUUAGCCUGUUAUAUUUUAUCUCAUACACCACAUGUUCAUGUCUUACACAACACCAAACAGACUGUUUUGGGGCUACCUUUCUUUGUUUGUGUGGACUUUGGUCACAUUGAAUUGAAAUUUCAGUAUUUAACUGCCUCCACUUGUCUGGUGUUCUAAUGGCAGGUCACAGGUAAUGUUAAAUCUGUAACAACACAGAAGAGACAUUUUUCACCAUCUUUUUGCCUGCAUUAUUUAAAAUUUAAUCAGCAGUUUAACUAUUUGUCCUUUUUUUCUUCUAGCUCCCGUGUGUCUCUGCAGGUGGAUCAGAGAAGAAGAGGAAGAGCAGUAAGAUGGCACUUCAGUGAGAUUAGAGGUCGAGUAACCUGUUUAAUAAGGUCAGUGGCAUGACACUAGCACAAUAAGACAGUAGGCAUGUCAGAUACUUGUGGAGAUAACGGUACAGGGUUUAGUGUUGGAUUUACAGCUUGGAUGAGGCAGUGAGUAAAUAGCUGAAGAUUGGUUCUUUAUUCUGCACUCUUUGAAUAAAACUCAUCUUUAUCUUUCAGUACUAAAAACCAGGCUGCAAAGGUGCCACAGUUAUUCAGAUUUCACCGCAAUAUGCUAUUUUAAGAUCAAAUUUUGUUGACGCAAUUUGGUGCUAAAUUAGUUUCUCUAGCCCAUUUACAAGCAAAUAGAAAUUAAAGACCAAAAUUCCUUACUUUGGAUAAUCUCUCGAUAAAUGUAUGUAUUUAUGUAAGAUGAUAUGUAAAGAUGUAGUACACUUUACCUGCCCCCAUAACUCAGUGAAAAUUUACAGACUGUGGAUGAUUUUGUAUCAUCCUUUUGAAAGAGAUGUUACUUGAUCUAAAACAAAAGCUCUUUCUGUUGUCUUUUUACAGUGAAACAUCACUCACUGUGAAUAUUUGCUUAAGGAAAUUAACAGAGGCUGUUUCUUCAGCAUGGCAGUUACAGGCAUCAAAAACUACUAUGUACACACAGUCAGUCUUCUCGAAGAUGAUACUAUUUGCUUUUGAGCGUUAGAGAUGCCUCUGUUUUUUUUCAGUCAGUUUCAUCACCAAUCAAAAACUCAUCACAGACGCUUUCGUUGAUUUUUUUUUAAAUUAAAUAGUAAAUAAUUAAAUGUUAUCAGUAAAUGUCAGUAAAGCUAUGAAUCAUGACAUCAUCUCCUCCCUUUUAACACAAAGUAAUCAAUUAAUUAAAACUAAAUCUAUCCAAAAAUUAAUACUUGCACAUAUAAAACCCUGCUAAAAUUAUAGAAGCUCCAGUCUGAUGCCUGGGCUUUAGAAAAUAUCACUAUCACAAUAUAUCAGCGCAAUUCAAGGUGAUGUUUUGGCUUCACUUUCUACAAGAGGAGACAGACGCAUGGUGUUCAUUUUAAUGUACAGUAAACAAUGACCACCAGGCUGUAAGAGGUGCUAAUAUUAUGAUGUGAAAUUGCCUAAGUAAAUACUCAACCACACUAUAUUUUAUUAUGAAUCAGACUUUAAAUCAAAACACUGAAACAAAUAUGAUAGUUUUAUGGGAUGUUAAUCAUAAUAGCUGGAUGGUCUAUGAAACUUUUCAAGUCAAGGUACGUUAAGGACUGCAAUGUAAAUGGAUUAGGGGAGAGUGGGGUAAGUUGAGCUGAGAUUGUUAAAGAAAUUGAUCAUGUGACCAAAUAUUUAGGAGAUGGGCAUCAAUUCAUGGAGUCUGUGAAGGUUAGAAGCACAUGGGUGAAGGGGUUAGACAUUUAUUUCCAAAAUAGAACAUUUUUCACUCUUGAAAGUGAAUUUAGUCCGUCAUUAUUUUGAUUAGAAUUGUGUUCAGACCAGAAAAGAUCAUUUUAAAUUUGUUUUAUACAUCAAUUGUGGUAUCUAUGAGCUACAACAUCAGGUCAAAAACCUAGAAUAAAAGUCCACCAUUUUAGCUUAGAGGACUAAUAAAGUCAUAUUAGUAGUUCAGGCGUAACUGAGAAAGUAAAGGAGUCUGAUGAGAGGAUCAGAGUUUCAGUUCAGAUUGUUGAAAUGUUUUACUUUUUCUUUUCAAAAAUACAGCUGUGAAUGUUCUGAAUCACUUAAAGACAUUCUCAUGUUAAAAUGACUUUUUAAGUGACUGUUAUUUAGGGAGAGAGAACGUGAGGAAGGAAGGUGGAGAGUGGUGGGGUAGUAGGGAUACGGCUCAACUUACCCCGCUCCUAUGGUCAACUUACCUCAUACAUGGGGUAAGUUGACCAUAGGAGACCACUUUUUUUGGCAUGCUAUAUUAUCAAGACAGUUCUGUUUACACUCAAUCUGUUGGUUUGCAGGGAUGAACAACAUCCUGAAAUAUAUGCAGAUACACCAUUUAGAGACAAAACUAUGAUUGACUUGAUGUAGUGAUCUGAAAUAUGGAAAAUGGCUCAUCUUACCCCGCUCUCCUCUAUUAGGGAAACAUAAAAACAUUCAUCAGUCUAUUACCUUUUGUAUUUUCUAAAAGAUAAAGCUGAAGAAGAAAAAAAUGAAGAAUUAAAGAUCAGGCAAGAGAGCAUAUUUUAACUUUACAAAGAGUAUUUUUUGUGACAAAAUAUGAGCACAUCUGCACAAUAGUCGUGUAAUAUCUUACGUUAUAAACAUUGUAAUGACAGUGAGCUAAACCGGAAUUUCCCAUUUUCACAUAAUACAGCAAAAUUUUAAAAGUGAUGUGAUUCUGAUCUUUCUUUUUUUUGUCCUCUGUGUCUCACCAUCACUCACUCACCGCCUCAGCCUCUCUGUCAGCCUUCCUCAAGGUUACUUUAGUUCAUAGGGAGUGUCUUAUUGUACCACGUGAUGUGGUGAAUGCAAAGUUACUCUGUGUCAAAGCUUUGCGCAGCUGCAGGGACGCUAAAAGGCUGCAUGGCGUGAUGUAGCGUGGACCAAAAUAACACAUCAGCUUAUUUUGCAAUAAACCAAUAUGUGUAACAUCAAGGCCUACACAACAGGCAGGUCAAUCAUAUACAGAUUUAAGCUUUACAUACAUGCGCACUGAUGCUCAUUUUAUACCUGAUUUAAAGAAGAAAUGUUUAAACCAUAAAUAUAAGAUAAACAAGACACUUAAAUGCAUAUAUCCCACGAUUACUUGGGAGAAUUAAAUGAAUGCAAAUGCAUCCCUAGAAGAGUCUACAUCCUCAGUAACCUUGGCGUCGAUCGCAUCUUCCGUCCGACCUGUAAGCCCUCUCAUUUCAGCAGGGGUGUCUGCCAUUGCGCAGCAGCCAACUGGGUGAAGGAGGACACUCCAGGAGGCGGAAGGAUGCUUCAGUAGGGCCCGGGUGUCGAGGUCUGUUUCUCCAGUCAGCACGUUCCUGUAGAAGCCUGCUGGACAUCGCCAUCCCCCUGCCCAGCUCCCCCACUGUGGUCCGUCUCAGAUAUAUUGUCGCCCCCCCCUCCUUAAUCUCCCAGAUUGUCGGCGACUUGCUGCAGUCAAUGCUGCAGUUUUGAGCCGCUUCUGCACCGGCACAACUGACUCAAUGAGAAAGACAUGCUCGCAUUCGUUUUGGUCUCUGGGUCGCUCUGGAUUAUAUUAGGUGAGUUGUAUUUUUUUCAUGUAUUAUUCCUCCUUUCAUUCAUUUUUCCUCUUUAGCAUCGCUGCUCUGGGAUUUGUCGACAAUGCACCUGCCACACAGGGGCUGAGGCGCAUUGUGUCAUGCCGGCUUUUUCAUUCAUUAGCGUGGGGCUGUGCCAUUUCUUCCCCCUUCUUCUUCCUCUUUUUUUUACGUGAACUGUUUCGUUUGUUGUGUUUAAUCCUCAUAGUGUUGCUGCUGCUGCUGCAGUUGGCGCUUUGCCUGUGCCGUGACGCCGGUGACAUUUUUAAUUUUCUCAGACUACACGUGCAUGAACGCAGCCUCAGUGCAAACCAGGAGUGUGCUAUCUCAUCUCAGCUGACUUCAACUUCAAUCACAGUGAUUCACUUUACACUUUAAAGAUGAUGAAAGGUACAUUUUAGGAUGGAUUUGGGUUACCUUUCAUCAGGUAGCCAGAGUGCAGCUGAAUGCAUGUGGGUCACUGCGGAUCAGUGGUUUUAUUCCACUGUGUCCAAGUGUGUGUUUGACUUUAAAACACCCCUUAAAGACAGAGUUGAUCAAACUGAACGACAGAUAGCACGAAAGAGUGUGCAUUUGAGGCUGACAGCUGCAAAGGUCGUAUGACAUUGUACGCGGAAACCGGACACACGUCAUUUAGAAACCCUCAUUUGGGGACAUCCUGUCCUUUUACGCGCAGCCGCUGUGGCGCCGCUUUCCUCUCCUUUUUAAAAUCUACAUUUAAACACGCAAAUUCAAAAUUAACGUGCUGUUUUAGUAGGAUGCCGGUUGAUACAGUCAUUAUUUUGUCAGUGAUGUCCUCCGCCAUGCCUUCGUGAUGGAGGGAGGAGGGAGGAUGAGGAAGGAUGAGGAAGGUAUGACGCGCUUCGAAUACGCGCAGCUGAUUGGACGGGAGCUGUCCAGGAGAGAGCGGUGCUGAAAUCCUGCGGCCUACCGGUAAAACUAGACGGAGAACACAGCGUGCUCCGGUUCAACGACACCACCCAAGACCCGAAACGAUAUUAAGAAACACGGCCAGCUUUCUUUGAGACACGUUUCCAAAACAAUCCAGCUCCAUCUUUAUUCAGCAGCAGAGUAAAAGAGCAGAUUAGCCCUUUAAUAGAUAGAUAGAUAGAUAGAUAGAUAGAUAGAUAGAUAGAUAGAUAGAUAGAUAGAUAGAUAGAUAGAUAGAUAGAUAGAUAGAUAGAUAGAUAGAUAGAUACCGAAGAAAUUUCAAGGACUGUGCUCAGCAUUCUUAUACAAACAACAAUACAAUAGAUACAAAUUUAAAAGUGAAUAGAGGAAAGGUAAGAAUAAAUGUGAAUAUAAAGUGUUUGUCAUGUAAUAUAUAUGAUUAAUACAUAAUGGUAAUACAUAUGAUCAUACAUAUAAUGCCUGAAACCACAAAUUAUGGUCGGAAAAUUCAAUUUUUUUGGAUCUGAAACGUUUCUUACACUUACUACUGAAAACUAAAAAGAUCAAAAUGUCCUUAAAUUUUUACAAAUAUAUUUAUUUAUCUUGUUUGACACAUCAGAUGUUUUUGGAAACUGAUGAACCACAAGAGGACAUUUUUAUCAUUUAUCGGACUGUGUUAAGGUGUUGUUUUUAGUAAUUUGUUGAUUGUAUUGAUUGAUAGAAGUAUUAUAAAAGUAUGUAUCAAAUAUAAUACAAAAGGCAAUGAAGAGGUUUUUGCCUUCCCUCCAUUAUCUAUUGAAAAAUAUUGAAUCUUGAUGAACAUUUCUCUAAUAAUUAACAUAAACACACCAGGGUUCUGUGGCUCUAUUUACCUGCGUUUCAGGAGCAGCUGGAGCGCAUGGUUACUAUGUGACAAACGAGCGUUAACAGUUGGGAUCCUGUCUGCUGCAUUAAUAUUAAAACGUGCCGUUACAGGGCUGCAGGUGUUGCAUAUUUAAUAACUGUGUCAGCCAAUCAGAAGUGAGGCCCAAAAUAGUUUAAAAUGGACUGAAUUGUUAAGUUUAAAAAUAUCCGCCCAGUGGAAGCUAAAUGGAGUCCCACAGGGAUAUCCAUGACACCUCUGACCUGUCAUUACAUCCCAACACCCUGCUGCUCCAGCUCCAUAUAAAUAAUUCAUUUUAAUCACCAUCUAGUGCAGCAGCACACAGCGUGGGUAAACCUAUUCUUUUUCCCCUCCUCAAUAUUUCAUUCAGAGGAUGAUAGUGGUUUUGUCCCUCCCUUUGGUACAAUAAAACCAAUGUUACUCCUCAUAUUAACUGCAGGAGAGGGAUAAAUCGUCAGUGUCUGAGUCUUACAGAUGACAUAUUUCCAUUCUGUCUUAUUUGUCUGGUUUCAAAACUUCCAGCAUGACAGAGGGAGGGAGCCAGAGGGAUUAUGAAAAUGUUGAAAACCUACAAAUUAAAGACACACUGGUUGACUGCACAAUAUGACAGAAUAAGUGCUGAGUGUUAAGUCCUGCCUGCUGUGCAAUGAAUGUCUGUCACUGUGCACUUGGACUAAGUUCAAGAAGUUAUGAGGCAAAUAUAGAUUUUUCGAAAUCCUGGGACAGACAAUAUGGUAUAACGAUAUAGAAAAGCUGUGAUAUUAAAGCUUUUCUUUCCAAAGUCUCAGCCUUUGGGGUAAUCAAUAACAUCAGCCAGUCUUCCUCCUCUCAGACCCACAGGGCAGCCUUCCCUCUGAGUGGCUUUUUGCUGUUUCAGCAUUCAGAGUCUCCUCUUCCUCAUGCAGUUGGAUGCUGAGCAGUAAUGGCUCAACGUAGAGUGCUGAAGCGGGACGGUCGGGCCAUAACGCGCUCAAGUAGUUUUCCAAUAAGUCAGUCCUCGCAGUAAUGCGUAUUGUCUCCGUCUGGUGCUAUUCCUCUGGGUGAGUUUACCUUUUUAUUAUUGUAAACCCACAAAUCUUAAAUCUUGGGUUAAAAAUGAUUUGAAUAGACUUCUCUUUUGGAAAUUUAAGCAAAAUUAACAAUUAAAAGAGCAAUUAUUCGUAAAACUGGCCUAAACAUGAGCCUGUUUGUCUUAAAUCACAAAAAGGUAGCAACGCUCACAAAGGUCUGUUGAUAGUAAUCCAAAUUAUGGUGUUGCAAAGAACAUAUAUUCAGAAUUAAUGUCUGUUUACUGAAAAAAAUCCACCAGGACCCUUAUUGAUCAUACUGUGGCCCUCAGUGGGCUCUCACCCCCCAGGUUGGGCUCCACAGACACUCCUUCAUGCUGGCUUUCAUAGUCAAAUCAAACUGGGUGCAGCUUCCUUUUGUGUAGUUGAGAGUAUUUUGUUUAAAUAUGAUCCCAACAGUGUAAACACAGACGUUUAUUUGCAUGCAUGUGUGUGUGUGUGUGUGUGUGUCACUGGGCCAGUGUGUGUAUCAUUGAGUCAAGGAGAAGAUGAGUGCUGUGUGUUAAGGUAGGGGGAGGGUGUCAGAGGAAGAGAAAGAGAGGAAGAGAGAGAGUGUGGUAGGGAGGGGCAGGUGGGUGUGGUGAGGCAGCGCAGCGUCUGUCGAGCUGAGGGUGGUGUGAUACGGAGGCCAGCGAGGCCCAAACUAGACCAAAAUGCAAUCUCGCUUUUCCCCUCAGCUUAAUCUGGCCGGUGGCAAUGGGAAGGUAAUCACUAGUUUGCACAAGGUGAUGUGAUAUCCGCCUGAGGCCCCUUGGCACAACACACAUUUACACUCACACACCUAGACACACAUGUACACAGACCUAGAUCACACUUCACCGGCUGCCUGGCUGCCUCAGACGCUUUUGUAAGUGCUGCAUCAUUGACCACAGCUGCUGUAACCCUCCUGAAAUGCAAUUACACUUCUAGGCUUUUGCAUAUUUUGCAUUUUUAUCUUCUUUCUUUGUGUGUCUCUCCUCACUGUAAACCAAUUUAUCAAUUAUUUAUGUGUAGGUAACCUGUCACCCCCUAUUCAGCUUUAGUAUUUGUGUUUUCUGCAGCAUGUACCUGGUCAUUUUUUCUGAAUGAUGCCUGUAAUUACUUGUUGUGAUGAGUCUGGCUGCACUUUAUGCGUAAGAUUUGAUGCUGGCUGUGCAUGUGUGUUUCAGUGUCAGUGUAGUUUGACUCUUCUUCGAGAUCCUGACUGAAAAGUUAAGGAGUUUCUUGACAGAGAAGAUGAAAAAGCAUUAAAAGAAAAGUAGAAGGCAGAGCAGGGCAUCUUUAAAUAGAGUGCAGUAGUGAGGUUAUUACUGGUCAUCUGUCUCCAAGCUAAUAGGCUGUAAUCUCCCCACGUUGGACUCUAAUCAUUGGUGACGGCCCUCGGAUGGUCUGAUGGGGCGGGACUUGAGGAAGGAAGGGUUGCCUCUCUUCCACUUUAAGCCUCAGAGGUCACAGGAAGUCCAGCUGGCCCAUUCACCAGCUCUCAUCUCUGCAGAGUUUCUGCACCAUGACCUCUGAGAAGUGGUGUUUCUAAAAGAGGAGGAGGAAGUAUAUAGGUGAAGUAGAUAAGAAGCUGCUGCAUUAACCUCAGUGCAGCAGUGCUUCAAUACAAAAUCAUUAUUGUGACACAUGCUCAUUUCAGUGUUAACUGUGCUUGUUUUAAUGGGCUGCAGCGUGGGGAUCUUUCACAGGUCCUCAGGAGGGUGACGAUUCAGAGGCACUUUAGAUGAGCGGUUUGUGGGAACAUAACGUAGAGUCUGAGGUCAGCCAAAGUCCCUUUCCAAAACGCUGCCACUUCUGGAUCAUAUUGAGCUGUUUCUGAGAGAGAAAGCAGCUGGAAAUAAUCUUUUUCACCAGUGGAUCUUUCUUCAUUCAAGAGUCUCAUUUGAAUUCAGUUCCUCUUCCACUUUUAUGGGAGUUUUUAAGCUCUAGGAUCUUCAAAUGAUGUAACUGAAUUUAUUCACUCUUUUAUCUCCAGCUAGUUCAAGUUAGUUCAGACUAAUGUGCCAAUAUUUACCGGAGACACUGAAAUAUUUAACCUGACUCUGAAGAUAAGGCUGCUGAGGUCCAGUUGAACAUCCUCCAGCAGGAGACCCACUGAGCAAUAGAUGACUAUUAGACAUCUAGUUUAUUUUUUAGACCUAAUUUCAACCGUCUAGAUUCUGUAUAUUUAUAGACAGAAUUUAGACAUUGCACUUUAACCUAUAAUUCAAUAUCUACUUAUUUUAAAAAGCAACUGUGAGUUGAAUAACUGAUCUCCAAGUACUCAACCAGCAAUAUACAGUGUAGUAUAGAUAUAGCCCAGAUUUAGAUUUAGUCUAAACUAAGACGUCUAAAAAACUUUCAUUUUUAGACCUGUAGUAGCCUGAUUUUAGACCAGUCGUCUAGGCUACAUUUAGACAUCUAUUGGACCUCUUUUAGACCAAAAAAAUGCUCAGUGGGGAAGAAGUUCAAAUGUUUAUUUUUUUGAACCAGAUGUUCAUGCGCAGCGUGUGUUCUGAAAGCUUUCAUAAAGAAACUGAACAGUGAGUUCUACGUUUCCCAUCAGCACAUUAUUUGACUAAGUAAAUCUGUUUGACCUCUACGAAUCCUCCUCCUUAACUCCACAUGGAGCAAUGUGGCAAAACUUUGAGGAACAUCAUUUUCAUUCAUCUGUAUCGUCAAUCACUUUCAAUCAUGUUGCAUUAGAUAAUUCAGGCUACUACUUUACCAACACAACUCAAUUAAGAUUAUGAUUCAGUGUUAGCUGAUACUCGUCUCCCAGUAUCCAGUCUCACAGCAUUACACUAACGACAGACAUGGUCUCUGAAUUUUUCAAGUCAAAUUGUGGGAAAUUGUGAAAAACUGUGGUAUGGGUGUAAGUGUCCAUCAACAGAAGGGUAGAAAUUUCUCCAAGGAGACAAUAAUUGUUCCGUAUCGUAUUAUAUCUCACUGAAAAAUAAUAAAAGUGAAAUAUAUGUAGGGCGAGAGCUCAGUGACAACUGAACUAGAUAUUCGGGUUUGUGUUUAUUGAUCGCUGAUAAGAAUCAGUUGCUGUUAAAGCAAAACUGAUCAUAGGCUACCUUUUAGCUGUUGAAAUAAAUCAUUUAGGAUAAACCAAUUCAUCUUUAGAUCAACAUUCACGAAUGCGGCUUUACCGGUAACUUAAAAAAGUCGCUUGAGGCAGAGAACAGGUCCUGUAUAUUCGUGUGACACGCCGCUGCUGUUCCAAAGAAGCUCCCACAGUUCAGCGAGGAUUUGGAGCUUUAAUAACAGAGAAAACGCUUCUACAGUGACCAAUGAUUUACACGCACACAUCAGAUGUUUUAUGUGUUAUACACUUUGCGACUGUGAAAUACAUAAAGUACAGUCAACAAAAAUUACAGCUACCUAGCCUCACCUCUUAACCCCAGUGCAGGUAAAACAGCCCCUUAUAUAACCUACUAGCUUUCAAACACACUGCCCACAUGACCCAAACCCAGCGAAACCAAUGGCAACCAGACAAGAUAAUCGAUCAGCAAAGCAACAUUAUGGCUCAGAUUUACGUUAAAAGAUUGAGUAAUAGGCUGUACAGUGUUUGAUGAAGGGAUAGUUCUUUAUGCAAACCAGAAUCUGGACAGGGUGAGCAGGACUAAAUGCAAAGCAAAGGUCUUGUGUCGCCUGCUCACAUACUUUAAUUUUCAUACAUGUUUGUCUAUGAAUUUGAUUUCUGUCUGAGUCACAUUUAAGUGGUUUUUUUUUAUUAUUGUUUUUUUUUUUAUGGUAAAGAUGUAAACUCCCACAGGUCUGCCCAACUUCUCAAAAUCACUAAACCACAUCUUUUGUGUUGUUUUCAAUUAAGAAGUCUUGGCUUUGAAAAAUACAUACCUAGCCUUAGAUGGAUUUAUUGUCUUCCUGUAAAUCUUUCAACCAGAUUCAUGGUUUUAAUCAGUAGAUGGGGCGUUCUCAGUCACUAGGUAACUUAAGGAUUUAUCUUGACAACUGAUCUGACAAGAACAAAUGAGCCAACCACAUUCACAAAUGAAGACGACGAGAUAAAGGAGCUAAAAGUGUAAUAUGCUCGUGUAAAAGCCUUACAUUUUUCCACAGAGACCGUUCACACUCAAGUGUAGUUCACAGAGUUGUACUUGCACUCAGUCUCUCUGUUUCAUAUUGGCAGUUUAGAGCAAAUUAAAACUCUCAGAGCCAAAUUUGCCUCAUUUGUAUUUGUGGUUAUUUAAUGAAUAGGUAAUGAUUUAUGGGAUUGUGGAUUGAUUUCCCCCCAAAAGCCUCUUAUCCUUAAGUAACACAUCAAUCUGUAGCACAAUUUUCUGCAGGGAUAAUGAAGAAAACUCAUUUUUUAAUGGUGUGAUGUGCUCUUAAACUCAAGAGGUAUUUGAGUUCUCAUGCUGAUAAAGGACUCUGCCAACCUGCUGUUUUUGUGUCCCACCAGCUGUAGCAACAAUCUUUGUAGCAGGAACAGGGACUGACUUUAAGACCUGUGUGCGCACGCCUGUGUGUUUGUGUGUGUCCCCGGGGUGCAUUAUUUAGGUUACGAACAGGACAAAGAGUCAGAUACCAAACGGGGCCGUAGAGUAUAAUAUCGAGAGGGUAGUAACAGCUGAGUAAACGAGCGGGUUCAAUCAAAUAUAGAACUCAAACAUUCACCCCUCAAGCAGUGGCGAUCUGAAAGGACAAGAGGAAGACAAUAAAAUAGGUCCAGUUUCAGAGACUGUUUGCAUGGUUGGUGUCGCUUUACAAACACUGACAGCUUGUAGGCUGAGAAUGUGUCCCUUCUUAGCCACCUGUAGUAACUGUUACAGUGAUAUUUGGAAGGACUCAAAUUCUUGUAGAAAGAAUAAAACCAGAUGAGAAAUGACACAUAACAUGAGUCAGCAUUUUUUCAACAAGUGUUUGAUCUUAAUCCAAUCCAAUGCAUCGUGAUGUUCAUUUUCUAAGUGAUAGUCCCGUUAUGGUUUAAACCGAUCAAAAAAUAGAGUUUGCUUUAGGCUGUCGUGGCUCCCUUUGAGUUUGUUUUCAUCCCAGAAAACAAGAUUACAACUCAGGAAUAGAAAACUAGAAGCUCCUGUGAGACUUUCUGUUUGAUUCCUUUUCGGUGCAUAAAGCGUUACCACUCACAUUUUGGCCUAUUUGGUUCAGUACAAGUGCAAAUUAUGUUUUCAUCCUGAUCUUGCGUCCCUUGUUAGUUCCUAAUUUAGCAGAUUUAGAUACUUCCAGUACCUUUUAAUGACCUACAAAAGGAAACAAGACCACCACCAACAAGAUCAUGAUCUGAAAGGGGGUAGGUGUCAGACCAGACGAUUAAGAAAAAAUAGAUUAUUUUAAGCUUUCAAGAACAGUUAUUGGCAGACUGACACAUAUGACUGUAAAAAGUAAACAGUAUGAGUUUUUUAGUGGUGCCAAAAUCAACUAGCAUCCAUAACAGCUCACUCAGGACAUGCACAAGAAAAAAAUGGCUAUAGCUAAGUAGCUGUUUAAUAGACUUAAACUGUUUCUUUAUAAGUACUAUAUAACACGAAGUAAAGUAUAUGUGAACAAAACUUUGGCAGAAUAAGAAGAAGGGAAGAUAAAUCCGUCAUAUCGUUAGGGGUGGGUAUUUUGUCUGGUGAUAUAUUGUAUCGUCUCAUUUACCAAGUAUCAAAUUUUUCAAAUUAACUGUUGAUAUGAAGUCAAACUAUGAUAAUGGAAAAAUAAAAUCAACUGUUUGUCCAGUGAAGUUGGCAGAGGGAACAUCAUGGAGCAGGAGAAAGUUAGUGCAACAUAUAUAGCAGCACCUGGGGAGAGACAUUAGGAGGGCACAAAUGAGAUGGACAUAAGGUUUGCAAGAAGUGCUACAUGAAAAUAAAAUACUGUGUUAAUAAGACAAACAUAAAGGAAAGAAAAAUGCUAAAUUAGCCAAACAGUUGAAAAAAAUUGUAUAAAUCGCAAUAUAUUGUAUCGCAAUACUCACUGUAUUACAAAAUGUUAAAAAACGAAAUAAUAUCAAAUCGUGGGGCCACUAGUAAUUCCAACCCCUACAUAUCGUACAUUUGAAAGGUGGAGAGUUUGUGUUGGUGUGUUACCACACAGGUAAACCAGGAAAUGGCCAGUUGUAACAGCUGAUAGGGGGCAGGUCACCGCGGAGGCAGACCUACUCUUGUCUGUAAAUCUCACCUGGUGUAGGUAGACUGGGACACGGAUAGUAGUUUGGUUUAACUGUGUAAGUCGAUGUAUACUGACUGUGGACAGAGUGAAUCAUGGAUAUUUUUUUCUGUGGAUACCAGCAAUUAGCACUUAAGCAGGACAAGAUCCUUUUGUAUAUUGGAAGGCUCAAUAAUCAAUACUUUCUUUAAUGACAAGGGUUAAGGAAGUUGUUCGAGGUUGGAGUUCGCAGUCAGAGGCCAUCAGAUCCAGCCCGGUCUUCUACUCUGGAUUUAUGUUUUAUACAAAAGGAAACUCACUGUGUUUUUUUUGACAUCCAGGCAGGAAAAUACGAACCAGACCAGAACAAAAAGAGCAAGCACUAAGUCAAGCUGUUAGAUGUUCGCGUUUUUCCUAGAGGCCAAUUACAUGUCUGGCUCCUGCUGCUGUCAGAAAAUUUCAUGGCAGGAUGAUGUGAGCCACCAGCAUGUCUGUACCGACGGUUUCGCUGGUUCAUUUUUACCCUGCAGCCUCCACAUGAGAGUUUGUUUCCUCACAAACAGGUGCCAAGAGUGGGUGUUCAGUUAUGAGUGAGCAGAUUGCUGUCAGCUGUGAGGAUCCACAGAUGUUUUCCCACUACGUUUCAGGAGUUUUAAGGAUCUUUGAGUAGAUGAUUCGGCCCUCUUAAAACCCAGCGUGUUUUUGAAGAGGGGCAAGCUUUUUUUAAGAAACAGAGGUUUAUGAAAGACGGUGCAUCAGUCGUCAUUUUCAUGUGAUUUAUUUUAGGAAAACACUUCAAAACUGUUCAAAGAAGAAAAAACAUCAGUGUGAAAUCCAGAUCUGUAGAUUUCUUGGACUUUAAUAUCUCCAAAGAACCUCGUGCGUGAAAAAAAUAAGUCAUUUUUAUCCCAAAGGUUAAACCCAGUUGUCUGUAUUUAAGCUUUACACGCAGUGGUAUCAGUAGGUUAUGAAGUCUGUCUAUAUUUAGAUCUGUUUGAGUGCUGUUCCCCCUCCCCUGCCUCUCUUUUCAGACACCACCUAAUCCACUGUCACUCCAUCAUCCCCACAGCCCCACCACAUUAGCCAUUGAACACAACACAAAACACAUGCAGCCAGCUACGUCACAUUUAUGUAAUCUGAGCUUCUGCUCGCAGUAUUCCCCCGCUGAUGCAUCCAUGAGUUUAUGAGAGCGGUGUGAGUAACUUCACUUUGAUUACAAAAUCUGCCAAGCAUGCAGAGCAACAAGCAGUGAAAGGAUGUGAAUGAGUGAUAUUUGAGGUCAGGAAACGAUAAAAAGAAGCUUGUAGUGUAGAAUCAGGCCUAAAACCUUGAAUGUAAACGUCAUAUAGAUUAAGAAUAUAUAUAAAAUAAAGAUAAAGAUAAGGAUGCAUUGAUUGAACGAGAUUGAAACAGGUCCAGCGUUAAAGUAAUGACUGUGUCAGAGGACAGAUUUGUUUAUUUUUCUUGGACAUGGCACAGAUGUGUGUGUGUCCUGUCAGCAUGACAUGACAUGGAAACUAACUUGGGAGUGAAUGUCAUAGUGCCCGCCUGCCUGACUGCCUCUCUGCCUGCUGUUUUCUUAUUGAUCUCUCCUUUUAAAACAGUUCAGAUAUACAGAUGCAGCGUGUCAUGGAACAAUAUCAAAGGAGACGAAGGAUAAAUAUGGUAAACUGCACCGAGGGAAGGGAAGUGGGAAAAGGAAAGGGUCAUUAGUAGUCACGUCUGGUGUUUUUUUUUUUUCUUUAUCUUACGCCUAGGCUGUACAAAAAAAAAAAGUGAAGCUUGAAUUCAGCAUUAAGAGAGUAAAACAAACUGGUAUUUCUGCGUGGGCUUAGACAGUGAGGCGCCAAGUAUGCCGCAGCACACCCUAAAACCAGGAAUAAAAACAACAAGCUUAAAAAUAUUUAUAAACCAAUUUCCUGAAACACAGACUAGUAGAUUAAUAUUUUUGUCAAUGUUCUCUUGAUUGUAGGGCUGGGCGAUAAAACGAUAAUGUAUAUUGAAAAAUAAAUUUCCCUCCAUAUCAAUAUAAAACAUGGUCAAUAUCCUUUUUGAUAGUCAGCAUUCUAUAUAAAUAGCUAAUGAAAAGGAACAUGAACCAAUCAUGUGCUGAAUUAGAACCAAGUAGCAAACAACUGUGUAGUAGAAGAGACAAAGACCUCACAGAUGCAGGAGCUUAUUGUAUUGCAAAAGACAUGCUACCAAUAAGAACUGUUACAUUUCAUUUUUUAUAUCCUGAUAUCAAUAUUGACUGAUGUGAAAAAAAUUAUAUUGUGAUAAACUUUUACCUAUAUCGCCCAGCCCUACUUGAUAGCAUUCAAAAGGUUUAUAAAACUACUUGUAAAGUUAUUCCGCUCACUCCGGUAGGACAGCCGCAGCCUUUCCAAAAUUAAAAGUGUUUAACUGGUUAAUGGAGGAAUGAACUGAGUAAGUACCUAUUGAGGAUGUGUGUAGAGCUGCACCAAUCCAUUUUUUUCCAAUCCGAUACCGAUACCUUGACUGAGUGUAUCGGCCGAUAUCAGAUACCGAUCCAAUACUACUGUUGAAUGAAUGAACUGAAUAUCUUGCCCUGUGAGUAGCAUGACAUUAGCUUGACAUUAGCCUUGUUAAAAAAAGGUAACAUAUUAACACAGAUAUAAAUUUACUUAAUAUUAUGUAAUAUGUAACAAAUUGCACAUUAGCACACAGCAAAAAGAAGUAAGACUUUCAUGUAUUCAAGAAAAAUAAUUACUGGAUCGGAACGCUGGAUCGGCGUCAUUUAUCAGAUAUCUGAUCCAGCUGAUUUGUCAAUAUCGGAGCCGAUAUCCGAUCCAAGUAUCAGAUCAGUGUGUCCCUAGAAGUGUAGUAGGAGCUGACUCAUAAUUUAAACUGACUUAUUUCAGCCACAUGCACAAAAGUAGAAGCCCGUGUAUCUGCCAGUAAAGAUAAGAAAUUAAAGCUGGAUCCUACAGGUAGAUACAGUGAAAGAUGAUGACCUGCAGUAAUUUGGUUCUCUCGUGGCAUUUGAGUCUAAAAAGUAUAUAAAACUAAAACUUAAUUUGAGUUAUUUAAGAAGUAAAAUAGUGAAAUAAUAAUGAACUGCCAGUGUGUUGUUUGUUUAGUCGAGCUGAAGUCUCAGUUUAUGUGAAGAUUUCACGUAUAACUCUGAAUCUGUGUCACAAAUGUGGUCGAUUUGAAGAAAAGAAACUGACGAAAAGGAUCUAUGGUGGAGUAAGAAUUUCUACUGACUCUGUUUUUGGAAAAACUACAGAAACAUACAAAGAAAAGAAAAGAGGUAUGACUCUUGACUUCUCUGCCUGUCUGAUUGGAAGUGAUCUCUCUGGGUUGCACUGAAGGGAAACCUCUAAAUUUGGGACAUUUACUUCACAACUAGGAGGAAGUGGUCAAAUUUGAAAGGUCACAGAUAGACACCUCCUCAAAGUCAUUUUGAUUUGAGCAGAAAAUGAGGAAACCCCCCCUGAAAAGGACAGAGGUGUACCAGAAUACACCGUACAGCGUGCAGAUGCAAUGAAGAUAAAAGUCACGACACAAAACAUAAGUCCCUCAAAUUCAAUUCCUGUUAUUCGUUAGAUUCUUAGAAAUUUGCUCAACAACUUACUAAGUGUUGCAAGUUAGUUUGAAAGUGUGGUAGUAUCAGUUCUGUAUCUGACCCAAACUGUUUAAACUUGAAGUUUUUCUGUUGAGAAAAAGUCACAGAGUUCUCAGUUUAAUCCAAAUACCUGAAACUGUGCCAGAAUAUGUUUUUCAUUUGUCGUGAAUUUACAGUAAUGAGGUCUAAGUGUCUGACACACUCCGGCAGCGCACAGCGGGUCACUCUGUGUACACAACAGGGCUGAACAUUUUAUAUCAGAAUCCACUUUGACAUCCUUACUGCACAUGUGGACAGAGAGUUUAAGUUACCAGCAUGAAGAGGAUUAGAAGAUCUACCAUCAAACUGGACAUUUCCCAGCAUAUGAGCGUCUCUGAGUCCCCACUAGCAUUACUGGCAGUAGGAGAAAUCAGACAACAGACAAAAGAGGAAAUAUAUGAUUAGUAAAGUGAAAAGGGGAAGCAGAUAGUCAUGUGGUGUUAGAUACAGGACAGUUUCAGACACAUCGGUAGGAUCACUCAUGGUGUUUUCUUUUUUUCACCUUUUUUUUUUGUAUGUAGGGAACCCGAGUAAAGUUAAAUGAAGAGGAUGUGAGUCUUAGAGGAGUUUAGAGAAAGCAGCAUCAGGGAAUUCACUGUAGGGCAGAGGAGGGUACUUUGUUUCUGCUGGGAAUAAAACCAGUGCAGGUGAUGAGUAAGAGCUGUUUUACAGUAUGACAGUGUCAGAGCUGUGAGUAGGAAUGAUGACUGCUGAUGCGCUGCCUGCUCUCAGCCUGUAUGUAUGACUAUAGUUCAGUAUCUCAGUAAAAAAAUAAAAAAAUAAAAAAAAAAACAAUGUUCAUAUUUUUUUAACAUAAGUUGAAAAAAGACACUUAUCUUCUUGUUUCAGGUCAUUAAUUUCUUCAGAUCUCAGCAUCUUGCAUUAAAUACACCAUAACACUUUACUGGCAGGGUACAAAUUUUAGACUGUAUUCAACAUAACUAUACAAUCAUGCAUGGACUAAUGGGGGACAUGUCAUAAACUCCUUUUGCUCCAUUAUGACUUUAUUCAAUGAGCGACCCUUCAGUAAAAUAUUAAGGACCCUUAAAUCUCCACGACUUCAUGAAAUAGGUGUGAUAAGCUACAUCAGUUCGACAAAAGAGUUUAUCUUAUUACUAUGUGUCAUCUUACAUUAAUUCAUGCAUUAGAUAAACGUGAUUCAUGCAUUACUUAAACAUUAAGCGUUGUCACUCAACUUAUAAACUGAGUAUCUUACAUCAACUUCUGUUUAAUUAAAGUCCCACUCAGAUCAUUUUUUUGCUACUUAAAGUGUUAUGAGUGGUCUUUAAGUUGUGAUUAUGAAGUUUUUAUACUAAAUUCACGUUACCUGUGUCAUUUUCAAGAGCUUUUCUUCUGCAGAGCUCCAGUAGCUCAUUAGCAAUUAGCAAUUCGCCUCUGAGUCGUGGGUGGGGAUGCUCUACACACUUCUCCUUGAGUUAGCUUGCAGCCUAACAUUUCCGGUGUAGUAGAAGAAACAGGUAACAUAGGAGCUAUUCAGCGUUCUGACACUAAUGUCUUUGGGGACAUGAUGAAAGUUAAUAUCACAAUAGCUUUCUUACAAACAUUGCAAACCGCGACCGCACACACUUGUUCCGUUAUCACCCUCUCUACUUUUCCAAGUCUGGCCUGCAUAGCGGGGCUCUGGGGGCGGAGCUUAGAUUUGUGAUGUAAAAAAUCUCACUGUAUCUGAACCUGCUUUUUGGGUCUGCCAAAGAGUCACGGCAGUUUGAAUGCAGAAAUUCUCAGAAAUGUAAUUUCGCACCUUCUUUUCUCAUAAUAUGUCCUGUAGCAUCAGAAAAAUGCCAUAUGAACAUAUAGACAGCAAGAAAAACAUGAUUUUCAUUGAAGCAGGUCUUUAAGUUUAAUUGAGCUCUUUGUAAGAUUUCAAAAGCUGAUAUAAAUACUUUUUUAUUGCCUGAUCGAUUUUGAAACAUACAUCUUGAAGUGUUGUGAGCACUUUAAGUACACUCUCAACACAAUUACAUGAUCCUACACUACAUUUCUAAAAACUUAUAAAAAGUAUUUUGUAACUGUAAGUUUCGGCGUUAUGCUCACUGUUUUAACUUUAAAGCCUUAUACAUGUAUUUAUCAAUGUGCGUAUGAUGUAUUAUAAGAGGUUGGUUCAUAUUAGGGGUUGUCACAACAUUUCAGAUUUAACUCAAUUCAAGAUCAUCCAAAGUAUUUUAUGUUUCUUUAAUCUAAUUUAAAUGACUAUAGGUGAAGUAUACACACACAUUAUAAACAGCUGGACUGCCCUUCCCUCUGAAGUACACGCUCCUCUACUCAUCCACUCAUUUAACACCUCACACUUUUCACCACUAUGUUCCUGCCAGUUCAGAUGCAUGAGUAUCAUCUGUCCUGUUGUAAUUAAGGCAAAAAAAGAGAAGUAAAAAAAAACAUAAAACAGAUUGAUUUAAAAGAAUCAGGGUGAGUCGAUCGGCUGUAGACGUCCUCCUCUCUGAGAUGUCCUCCCACCCUGCGGCUCUGCUCUCUCAACAUAGUCUCAGUGAGGAAAAUAGUGCUUGAACUCAAAAUAACACAUGAAUAAAAAUGUCAGUGCUCCCACAGCCUCAGAUAUUUAUACCUUUACAGGUUUAUGCGCCGUGACUCUAUACACAAAAAAACAGGAAGUGGUUGUGAUUGGCUGUGAGCAUCAGCAGUGCUUCCACGCCAUUCGCUCGGUCAGGUGGUGCUGUCUCUGACUCACUUCUCGAGGGAGGGAAGGAAACCCUCCAGUCAGUGCUGCAGCCUGAUAAUUUAUUUGUGUGUGUGUGUGUGUGUGUGCUACAGAGGCUGAGCUAUAACGAGCACAAUACGUGACAAUACGUGAUGUGUGUGUGUGCUUUAUCUGCUUUCUAGUCCCACCAUCGGCCCAGCGCUGUGGUGCAGAUGAUUAAUUCUGAGGUGAAGGACAGUAAAAGCAGGAAUGUGGGGGACGACCUCUUUUUCCCCUUUUUUGAAGUGUGACUGAUGUAUUUCUGCUCACAUGCUCUGAGAGGUGGCAGGAAGGUCAAAUGCGACAUAAAACACAUUUUCUCAGACACGACAGUUUGAGUGGUUUGACCACAGCCGUGAGAAAUUUGUAGGAGGGUCUCGUUUUGUGUCUUUAAGCCGAAAAUGUGUGUCUUUGUGGUCAGUGUCUCUUCUCUUUUCUGUCAAUGAGCAGACAAAAUAUCUCAGAGAGAAGCAAACUUGCAGAAAACUCUCAUAACCUCUCCUUGUCUCCCCCCGUCUGUCAUUUCUGUUACUUCAUGCUAUCUCUCUUCCUUCGUCCAAAACUUCCCCUGAUUUACUCAUAAAUCAAACGUUAAAGAGUGCCCUCUGUCAUUGCAGAGCUGAGUUCCACACUGAUGGAGAAGAUGCAGGCCCAGGAGAUGAUGAGCGGCCUGAGGAUACCGGAGAUGGAUGAGCUCGGUCAGUUCUUCCGCUCCCUGCCGACCUCCACGCUGGUGGGCAUCGGCGCUCUGACCGCUGUGCUGGCCUACUGGCUGGCCACCAGACCCAGGCCUAUCAAACCUCCCUGCAGCCUGCUGCACCAGUCUGAGGAGGUGCCGGUGAGAUGAUAAAAACAAAUUGAUAAAAGUUUGCAAGAUUCAUCAGCAUGAAUAUGACCUGUGCUGUGUUCCCUUUGAGGCUAAAGAAGCUUGGGGUCAAAAAAAAGUAAAUACACUCACUUUAUGCACUCGACACCAGCCUGAGGAGCCAGAAGUACUUUUUUUUUUUUUUUAAUACACAUUUAUUUUGCCCUGGGUUUUACCUGUCAGGCUACAUGAACUCUUCCCCCAAUGAUCCAAUGAACAAUUGCCCUGCUUGCCUGAACAGCAGACUGAAAGUUACACAAACACACACUGUGAUUUCUGCUGAACAGAUUUAAGACUCAUACUUUGAAUUAAUAUUUUUUUUUAUCAAUCAAAUCAAUCAAAUUUUAUUUAUAUAGCGCCAAUUCACAACAGUCGUCAUCCCAGGACUCUUUCCAAAGAAAAUGUAAAGAUACAGAAACAUUUAUAACCAGUUUGAUUGAUCAUUAAAAUGCUUAUUUAAAAGGAACUCUUUGAUUGCACACCUUCACAAACACAAGGCAAUACCUGCUGAAAAAUUACCCUCUACCUUCACCCUGUUUUCUCAGUUUUUUGUUCAUUUAUUAUUGAUAUGCUGAAAAAUAUAAUACCCAGCAGUUUCUUAAGUUUGCUUCCCUCAAAUAGAAAUACAGUCUUUUGAAUAGAAGGGACAUUUCAAUAAAGGAAAAGUCAACACAGGACUGCUGUGCCAACACCAAACCUUGUUCCUCGAGUCUGUGAGCGCACUCUUUAUUCUUUGAAAGAUCACAAGAUGUGGGUGAAACAUGCCCUCCAUUUCACCCCGUCCUGGUUUACCUUAACCACCAUCCUGACCAAACCAAGCGCAUCUUAGCCCUGUGUGUGUCUUUCACUGACAGGUGAGGCUGGCACUUUGUGUAGCCAAUGUGAAACGUCUUUCAUAAGCCUUCUGUGGCUGUGAGGCUUUUCUUCUCUGACAAUGAACUCCCUGAAUCGCUCAAAGUGCGUGAGCAGUGCGAAUAAUUCAGAGCAGCGCAGCAUUUCAGAUUUUUUAAUGCCUUAAAGAGAAAAAAUCUAAACAAUUAUUAUAAGCUCCCCUUGGGGUGUGCAGUAUUUUCAACAAGGUACUAAAGACAGAAAAGAAUAAAAUCUUGUUUUGUUUGUUUUGCUUUUUUUCAUUUUUAUACCAGCAGCAGUAAGAAUUGAAGUAUAAAUGUGGUAUUUGGUGCCGUUUGUUGACAACAUUUCUUUGUCUUAGCAUGAAGGUGGGGGUCGCAGGUCCAUGAUGGGCGACAGCUCCAAGCUGCUGGCACAUUACCAUGACGACGCCAGGACAAUGUACGAGGUCUUCCAGAGAGGUCUUCACAUAUCUGGUUAGUGUUUUAAACUGCACUCUCAAAACAGAGCCAAACAUGCAAAUAAGCAAUCGUCUGAGAUGAAAAUCUAAUGAAGGAAUGCAGGCGAGCUAGUCCAGGCAGGCAAAUUCAGUCACACUGAUUUUAGACUUCACAUGCAUCAUUCUCACAGGCUGUGUCCGAACUGGAUCCCUAAGUCUAUAUAGGCGACUAUAUGGGGGUUAGCGCCAUUUUGAGGGGUGUCCGAAAUCUCAGUAAUCAAUUUCAGUGCCCUAUAUAGGUGACUCAAAAUUUCCCAUAAAGCAUUGCAAAAUGUAGUAACUAUCCAAUGGUCACUCACCGGUGGUGGGCAUCCCGGCAUGCAUUGCGUCUCCAGCGGCAACGUCACAACGGUAGUGUCCGAAACCUCCGGUGAUUGAGCUCACUACAUAGUCAGCUAUAUAGUGAUAUACCCCAAAUGGGGGUUAGGGGUUAGGGAUUGAGUGAUUCAUUGCGGACACAGCCACAAUCACAUAGCAAAUAUAUUCUACCAAUCAGGCGCUCUGUUUAAUCUGCAAGACUUCCAGUCUCUGCUGUGCUGUACUGCAGAAAAGUGCUGCACCCACUACUACCCAAGCAUGUACCCAGAGGCUCAGACUGCAGGUUUUGAUCGAUCUUCAUUUUCUUCAUGUAAAAGUAAAACUGUGAGGAGUGAGAAUGUUUUUAAAAAGUGAUUAAAUAUGACCCAAGCAAAGAAAUAAAAAAGACAAGUUACUCUUUCUUCUUUUAGAUGCGUUUUCACUCUCAUAUCAAACACACGUCUUCAACCCUGAACCUUAAACAAAGCUGGUUACCUCAUAAGGUCCUCAGUACACGGCACAAUCAGCAUCUACUGUCUGAAUUAGUUAAACGAAAACAACAAACAGGAAUCAACAAAUGAUUGUCAAAACCUUCCCGUGGAUAUGAUCUUAUCUUUAAGAUUUUAUACUGUGGGCCUUACAGUCAAAAAAUACAGACGCCGCCCACAUACUGCUGAGCUGUGCAGGGUGUCUUGUCGACAUUUUUAAACACAUGUGAGCAAAGAUAGCCCACAGUCUGACAAAGCUGUGGUCUGACCAUCAAUCCUCCAGUUAUAAUCAUGCUGGUUGCCAAGGUGAUGGCCAUGGUUGUUCACAGGAACAGUGUCGGGGCAUUCUCAGAGAUUUUGAUGACUGAGUCAUAAUGCAGAGGUAACCCUGCUUUGUAACGAUAAAAUCACAUGAGUGGAUUCAGGUGGAUGUUACUGAAUGACUAAUGAGGACAUUUUUAAAUAGAUAUACCAUUAUCAAUCAGAGUUUCAGGUCAAAAUGUGGCCAAAUAGAGUGAAUUAGUAGUUACCUGAGCUGGAAGACACUCAAGAGAAUUAACUUUUUUCUUCUAUUAAGGAAAAAACAUUAAAAGUUUUGAGUUUUUUAAGAUGUAUAAACUGAUUUGAUCUGGUCAUUUAAGGGCAGCAUAUAUUUCUUUAUAGUUAUUUUUAGUCCCUGUUUACAUCUUUCUUUGACAAAGUUUCUCAGAGAGUGAAGUAUCUUUUUCCAAUAGAGAUAUGACUUCAUUGUGGUCACUCACUGAGCGGGUAAUACACGGCGGGCCCAGAAUCUGUACAGACGCAGCAGAUUCAGGUGGUUAUUUCCUGUGGGGUCAUCACUAGUGGGUUUCACAAUAUGAUUUCAUGCUCUGAUGUUAUAAAAACGCUGAUUAAAGCUGCUCUAAAUAAAUAAUGUGUGUUUACAAAAUUUGAGAACUGCAUAUGAGGACCUUUCAAUCACAUUUUUGACGGAGUAAUUUUGACCAAUCCUGUAAAGAUUGCCAAUCUAGCUAUAACACCCUUACAAAGCUGACUGUAAUGUGUGUUUUUUUUUAUCAUUUUUUGUGUUAUUAAGUUUUUGUAGUGUUUCAUUCAGACACCACCCUGAACCCUCUCUGUGUGUCCUACAGGAGAUGGACCUUGCUUAGGCUCACGGCUCCCCAACCAGCCUUACAAAUGGAUAUCCUACAAAGAGGUCAGUGCCAAUCAGCAGAUGUCUGAUAGAAGAGGUCUUAUAUAAUGAGAUGUCAAGGAUACGGCACGCAGCACGACCGCAGUGUGUGUCUGACUCACAACUUAAUUUGUAUAUGCUGAUGUGUUAAUUACAGGCCUUUUUACGGCAAGGUAAUCAUCGAUCUAAUUAUUCAACCUGUUCAAGAAAACUUGAAAAUCUGGAUUUAUAGGUUUAUCAUGUCUGGUUGCAUUUCUUCUGAAUGUAAAACAACCAUGGCUGUUAAUUACAAGAUGCAGGUAGCACGAUGUUGGUUAGAUAAACGGGAUAUUUUGACAAUUAAUCAUUGUGUCGUGCCAAGUCUGAUGUAGUCUGAAUGUGGGACUUGUCUAUUUGUUUUGUUUUUAUCGCAGAUUGUGAUGUUGUCAGAUUAUCAAAAGGGCUCAAAUCUAAAUAAAUACAGAAAAAAAGAGAAGAAAGAGGCAAAAACUCAGAAAACGAAAGCUAGAACGAGCCAGUCUUAAAUUGUAAAUGUAAAUCUAAAUGUACUUUAUUUAUACGGCCCUUUACAACAACCCUUUCAGUGAACCGAAGUGCCUUACAUUGCAUAGUAAAUAAAUAUGAAUAAAUAAAAACAAUAAAAGCAAUAAAAGAAAAGAAUAAAAUAAAGUGUCACUACACUCCUGGGUAUUAAAGCCAGCAUAAAUAAACACGUUUUUAAAAAGCUCAGUCACCCUAGUGUUUGCAUAAUAAAGCUAAAUAUAGUAAAGCUAUUGCAUAUAGUAUCAAAGCUGGCACACAUUAUAAUAUGACCAUUAUUAAUAGUUCCCCUUUUCAAUUUUAUGUUGCUCCCAUCUAUUAGAGCCACCCUGGUCAUUAGCCUUAAUGAGCAGAAAUGAAAUGUCCCCUCCUGAUUGCCUUCUGCUGCUGCUGCUGUCUGAUGAUAUGAGACCAGACAUGAGCACAUUUCAGAUAUCGCUGAUGUAAUCUCUGGCCGCGCUGGUUUCUCUGCCAGUGGAAAUACCUUGAGCAGUUUCAAGUUCCAGCAGAUCCCUGAAGUCAUGAGAUAACUGAUGUUUCUGAAGAGUCAUGACGGUGCUUGUGCUGGCAUUUUGAGAGGGUUUUAUUUAGACAUCGCCAUGCCUGAGGCCAGCCGAGAGGUUUCUAGUGCAACCUUUCCUGUUCAUUAAUGACAUCAUGUGAGUGACUACAGCAGAGGUGGGUGGAAGGUUGUUUUUUCUUGUCCGCCCACAUGAACAUGUGAUUCCCAGGAAAACUCGAUCAAGAAAAGACAAGUCUGGGACUUCCACUAAUACCGGCAUUAUGUGAAAUUUACUGUAAAACUUAUUUCACAAUUAACGCACAGAAACAACAAUCGUCUUCUCUCUGUUGUCUAACACAGUCACAGUAACUUAUAAAGAGAGAUUCUGGUAAUUUAACAGUUAAACAAAAGUGGCUAAGAAUUUCCCAGAAAUGAAAAAUAUGGACGUUUCCAAACUAAAACUGAUAGAGUGACUUUUGAUUGUUAUCAUGUCUUGAAUUGAGGCAUAAAAUAUACUAUCACAAUAACGCAGAUUGUACGUUUCCUCUUUUUCAUUUCACCAAGUUAAUUUGUACAGUAUAUAGAUUCAAUAUAUAUUUUCAGUGAGUUAUGAAACAGACUAAAAUUAAUACCCGCGGUUCAACAGGACCCACAAAAGCGAAUAAAACCAUCAGACACCAGACUGAUCAGUAUUUAUUUUCAUUCUGUUUCACCCAAUGUUGUUACACACUUGAGUCCCCACAACAAAUAUCAGAUCAAGUCUUGUAAAGACCCCACUGAGCAGGACACGACUAUUAGACAUCUUUUUUUUUUUCUUUUCAGACCUAAUUUCAAUCGUCUCGAUUCUGUUUUUUCAGACAGAAUUUAGACGUUGCACUUUAACCCAUUUUUCAAUAACUAUUUAUUUCAAAAAGCAACUGAUCUCCAAGUGAUAGAUUUAGAUUUAGUCCAAACUUGGUCUAAAUUUAGACGCCUAAAAAACUUUAAUUUUUAGACCUGUGCUCGUCUGAUUUUAGACCAGUUGUCUAGGCUACAUUUAGAUGUCUAUUAGACCUCUUUUACACCAAAAACUGCUCAGUGGGAUGUUAAACUCCAUGUAGUGUACUGUUUGAGAUUUCAACUCUUCCUGUUGACAUUGUGACGAAAACAUUCAUUUCUGUAGGCAUCACUAAACAACACAUUCAGUCUAUUUAGAGAGCAAACAACAUAAUAUCGGUGGUUCAAAGAUGAGCAGUCGAAGAGAGGCAUCUACUUAAUCAGAGGAAACAAAGCAACCAAAAACCACAGUGUAGGUUUAAUUAAGAGAAAAGGUCAACAUACUCAUGAAGUUAUGAGACGUCUCACCAGCCCAACACAAGCCCAACCUUUGGUCAUUAUGAAACGGUCACGAUGAUUACUGUUUACAUGGACUGUGUAGAUGUGGUAACUUAUAUAAGAGUCUAUGAGACCAGCUCACCUGGUUCAGUUGGUUGUUUUUCUGUCUUCCCACUUCACGCACAGGUGACAGCGCGGGCGGAGCAUCUGGGUUCAGGCCUCCUGCACCAGGGCUGCCAGCCAAACCCCAACCAGUUCAUAGGAGUGUUUGCUCAGAACAGACCGGAGGUGACAACAACUCUGUUUUUUACACUGCUACUCUUAAUCUCUAACUAUGUUCCUUAUGGUCACUCUGCUUCAUAGUUACUUCAAACGCAAAUUACAGAUGGUCGUAUUCACAGAGACCCAGAGAUCCUGUCCUGUUUUUAAAGGGAAACAGACUAAAACAAACAGGAAAGACCAUCAAAAGCAAACAAAACCAUCAGCAAUAAGACUGAUAUUUCCUGAGUUCAAACUUUUGAUUCCUGAAACUGCUGUGAGGGGAUAGUUGUCGACCAAAUAACAAACAGCAGGCUCAGGAAACAGCCGACAAGACAAUAGGAUUGGGUUUGAUGGUUUGAGUCACCUCGGAAGUCAGAAUUUCGAGCUGAAAAUGAUGUCACACCCAAGUUACCAGCGUUUCAGUUACCAAGUCGGAAAAAAGCAAAAUCGGAGUGGAAACAGGAUGGUUACAUCUAAGAAAGUUAUUUAAGAACUUGGCUUGUAUUUGAACAAGGCAAGCACUAAAAUAACUUUCUUAGAUGUAGCCAUCGAAAGCUAUUUUAGCACUUGCCUAAUAUUUGAACAAGUGAAGUGCUAAUGUAAGUUUCGUAGAUGUAGCCAUCGACAGUUAUUUAAGCACUUGCCUUGUUCAAAUACUAGGCAAGCGCUAAAAUGACUUUUUUUGAUGUAGCCAUUGACAGUUAUUUUAGCACUUGCCUUAUAGUCGGACAAGACGUGCUAAAAUAACUUUCUUAGAUGUAGCCAUCGAAAGCUAUUUUAGCACUUGCCUAAUAUUUGGACAAGUCAAGUGCUAAUGUAAGUUUCGUAGAUGUAGCCAUCGAAAGUUAUUUUAACACUUGCCUUGUUCGAAUAUAAGGCAAGUGCUUAAAUAACUUUCUUAGAUGUAGCCAUCGAAAGCUAUUUUAGCACUUGCCUAAUAUUUGGACAAGUCAAGUGCUAAUAUAAGUUUCGUAGAUGUAGCCAUCGAAAAGUAAUUUAACACUUGCCUUGUUCGAAUGUAAGGCAAGCGCUGAAAUAACUUUUGUUGAUGUAGCCAUCGACAGUUAUCUUAGCACUUGCCUUAUAGUCGGACAAGACGUGCUAAAAUAACUUUCUUAGAUGUAGCCAUCUUGUUUCCCCCUCCGAUUUUGUUUUUUCCUGACUUGGUAACUGAAGCGCUGGUAACUUGGGUGUGACGUCAUUUCAGCUCAGACUUCUGACUUCCGAGGUGACUCGAAUGCAGCAUAAGUCUGAAAAACAUCACUAGUAAUAUCGUUACAUGCACAGGACAAGAGAGAAGAGGUAUCACUUUGACCACAUGGGAUGUUAAACCCGGCGGUACAGUGACAGUGGUUAGCACUGUCGCCUCACAGCAAGAAGGUGCUGAAAUAAAAGGCCUUUUCAGAGAGGAUGAACAUUUUAACUACGGCUAAAAAUUAUAUGAGAAGUUAUGAGUGAAAGAAAGAAUAUAUCUGUGUCCAAAAUCACUCAGUAUCCACUCCACAGUCCACUGUAGUGUAAGCUUGUUGUUCAGUAGUCCUGUCGUGGGGAGCCAUUUACUUGGUCUUGCGGCUUCGACAUGUGCUUGAUGUACAGAGGUUAUAGUGUUCGACUCCCAACCACGACUCUUUGCUGCACGUCUCUCCUCCCCACAUUUCCUGUCUCUUCAGCUGUCCUGUCAAAUAAAGCAAAAAUAAAAUAAAAUGAGCAUUACACCCUGUAGAGUGACUCAGAGAAUACCAGCCAUUAAAUAUGCAUCUCACUAUUUAUUCCUAUUGUCCUCUUCAUAUAAUGACUGAGAGAGAAGAGGACGACCGAACGAUUCAACACAUAAAGAAGUGGUUUUAAUUUCCAUGCAUGAUCCCCCACAGAUCAAUGAACUCCCACUCUUGACCUUUAACCUUUCACCUCUGACAUUAUUGUGUGAUUGCAGUGGAUCAUCUCCGAGCUGGCCUGCUACACCUACUCCAUGGUGGUGGUUCCUCUCUAUGACACACUGGGUCCAGACGCGAUACGGUUCAUCAUUAACACUGGUAAGAACAAACACACAUGUUGUAAAACUACAGAUGCUACUCGGCAGCUUUGGAAACAAGUGAGUAUGAGUGUCUUACCGAAUCUUCUGAAGCUUGUUUCUGAGUUUGGAUGUAAAACAAAAAUUGAUGGAUGAAAAAUGUCAAACUUGAAAAUAUAUUACUUUUUUUUACAGAGUGAAAUUAUUACCUCAGGAGGAGUGUUAGAGGAAAUAAUGUGUGUUCAAACAUCUAUUGCUGUGGUGCUUUUAGCAGUCUAGCUCCCCUCAAUGGUUACAAAGAGCAGUGUUGUUAACUCUGCUGUGAUACUCAGAAUAGAAUUAAAUCAAAGUAAAGUUAAUUGAUCUAAAGUCUGUAAGUGCCACAAAUAAAAGUCAUGGUAGAAUGUGUGAAUGCUGAGUCAUUAAACUUAUAAACACUGUUUAUCAGGGCCGUAGGGGUGCACCGAUCACUAUUUUCUGGCCGAUCAUCGAUCACCGAUCUUUAAAAAGCUUAACCUGCUGAUAUCGAAUUUUUUUUUUUUAGAACUGACAACAUACACCUUCGAUGCUCCAAUCUUAUUUUAAUGAAAAAUAUUGAACAAUACUUGUGAAACAAUACUAACUUUUUGUUUUUUGUGUUUGUUUUAACUGCACAUGAGGUAGUUCUCUCAAAAAUGAAUGAAAAGUUCAAAAUAUUGCUAAAUUAUAUCAGUUCCUUUAGUCUUUUAUUUUGCACAUUUUAAAAAUAACAAAACUUGCGCAACAGGUCGCACUGCAGGCCUGUUUUGAGCCUCUUACCAAAGUAAAGUGCCCAGCAGGAUUUUGCUUUUACAAAUAAAGGAAAUCACAAGAUUUGAGGAAGUUAGUAAAAUAAUAAUCUACGGGACAAACUAACGACACAACUUAAACCACCAAUAAACUGUCCUGAGUUUUAAGUUUCCUUGUAGUGGAUUCAACAUGCUUGAUAAAUCAUGCUUCAGAUAACUGUUGUGCGUGCCACUGGCGCUGAUGGGCCGGUUAUUCUGGCAAAGCAAAACGCUACAAUGGCUGAUUUUCAGACCUUUGCUGAGGUAGAUAAGAUCGGUGGAUAAAAUUGGUUUCAUAUGUAAGGAUCCGCCGGUCACUGGUCCCCCAAAAUUGAGGAAAUCAGCGCCAAUCGAUCGGUCGGCUGAUUUAUCAGUUUAUCAGUUUAAUAAACACUCUUUCUUUUGAUCUGUUUAAGCUGAACACCACAGCCACAUAUUGACCCUGAAAUAAACUAGCUGCGUACAAAGAGACCUGAACCUGUACCUCCACUGAGAGUAAUCUUUGAUAAGUCACUUUCAGAUUUUGAAUGUCGCUCAAGAAGACACAAAAGAAGCUAAUAACUGGAUUGUUUUGAUGUUUUAGGGUUGUAAAAUCUCAGCUACUCCAUAUUUGCAUCUUUCUUCUGUUUUUGCACUUUUUUUUUCUCUCAUCCUCUCGAUACUCACACAAGGGUGCGUGUGCUCUUGCGUGCUUGUGUCAUUGCAGCGGACAUCUCCACAGUUAUCUGUGACAAAGUAGAGAAAGCUGAGGUGCUUCUGGGUAAUGUGGAGCGGAAAGAGACUCCAGGCUUGAGGAGAAUCAUCCUGAUGGAUGCCUUUGACUCCGCCCCCGUGGAGCACGGAAAGAGCUGCGGCGUCCAUGUUCAGGCCUUGCAGGAAGUCGAGGUACGACACAAUCCUUUCACCUGGCUCCUUUCUCUCCCUGUCUGCUCUAUUACACAAACAGCUUCACAGUUUGCUGCUUUCUUUCUUCAGUCAAGCACAGUGUGAACUCUGAGCACUUAAAUCUUUGACAUGUAAUUAUAUGCACAUGAUUGAAGCAGCUUUUCACUUUAAUUGUUGUCCAAAAUUGUAUUAAAGUGAGUAAGACUGCCGGAGGACACGUUUCUGUAUGUCACUGAAAAAUCACUCCAGAGACUAUUAAAGGAACAAAUACUGCUGCGGCAACACCUCCUCUGUAAUUAAAAUAAAAAAUAGUGUAUGCACAUAAUUUGAUUUAAAGGGAUAUUCUGUAAAAUUAAUUUAGGGUCAAACACACCGUGACACCGAGUCAGACACCCCCUCGAGGGAUGAGUGUUGCUGACCGCUUACUUCUCUAGUUUUACCAACUUUAGUAAUGACCGCACGAUAGCAAUACACAGCAGUCUGAGGAGCCAUAAACAACCUCAACAAAACGCCACUCUAUAGCCACAAAUAAUGCUCAGAACAGCACCUAACUUCAUCAACAGGACAUAUAGGGUCCUAGUCAUAGUACUAGACACCAAACAUCUUUUUAACAUUGUCUAAUUUCUUUCACAAAGAGACUAAACACAGCUCACCUACUCUCUUCCAGCAGCCACUUGUUUGUAGCGAGAUCUCAACCAGUCCAUUACAAACUGCUGCAGGGUGACGAAGCUCAAGGAAGAACAUUUCAGAUUAUUUUAUCAUUUCCUUGAAGUAAAAAUCAUCAUACUUAUCAUUUUGCACUGCAGACGCGGUAGUUCUUCUGCCUUAGCGUUUUGGUCUGUAUUGCGUUUCCAUGAAGAAAUGAUCAUAAAUGUUCUUCCUUGAGCUGUGUCACCCCACUGCAGUCUGUAAUGGAUUGGCCUGAGGUCUCGCUACAAACAAGCGGCUGCUGGAAGAGAGUAGGUGAGUUGUGUUUAGUCUCUUUGCUAAAGAAAUCAGGCAAAGUUAAAAAGAUGUUUGGUAGCUAGUACUGUCGCUGGGACCCUAUAUGUCCUGUUGAUGAAGUUAGGUGCUGUUCUGAUCAUUAUUUGUGGCUAUAGAGUGGCGUUUCGGUUUAUGUUUGUUUAUGGCUCCUCAGACCGCUGUGUAUUGCUAUCCUGGGGUCGUUACUAAAGUUGGUAUAACUAGAGAAGCAAUCAGUCGGCAACAUACGUCUCUCGAUGGGGUGUCUGACUCGGUAUUGCGGUCUGUUUGACCCUAAAUUAAUCUUACGCCGGAAUAUCCCUUUAACCUGUGUUUUCAUAACAGGAGACCAGUUUGAACUUUGGGGAGAUUAUUUUUAGAAAGUUUGUAUGUGACCAACUGCACAGACUGUCACAUCUGUGUUGUUGCCUGUUUGACAAACUUGGUGGACACCAUUAGACGUUUCCAGACGGGCAUCUGUGGUGAACUUGAACAAUAUUUAUUUGGCUGUUGGUUUCAGUAAGAGCCAUAUUGGUGCUCCACUUUUUUACCCUAAAGAAUUUCAACUCUGCACAGACUUACACUUACUUAACAAGCAGUCAAAACAAACUUCUAUUUAUCUUUAUCAUCAAGCAGAAAUCUCUGGUGUAGCAUGUUAAGUGAGAUUGGAAUCUAUGCCUUUCUCUGGUUGCAUGGAGUCAGAAAAAUGUGGCACUUCAGAAGAAGCACAAAAACUACCGCAGGCAACACAAAGUACAGUCAAAUUCAGUGUCAUAGCUGUAUAGAUGUACAGGAAAUUCACUACUUUAUUCCUGUAACUGUCAAUGCUUCAUUAGCACACUCACAGCAAACACUCAACUGUGUGACAUAAGCUGAAACCAGGUCAACUGAUCACAGCUUGGUCUAUUGAAAAGAUAAUCUCUGGGUAAAUACAGAUACGACACAACCUUUGUGAAAAUAUUUUACAGACAAAAGAUGGAGAACACUUUGCAUUCCAAGAUUUAAUAGACAGGUUUUUUUUUUCAGCUGCAGUUUCAAAGAGGCUGGACAUUUAAUGGAAACCAGCUGACUGUUAUGUGAGCACAUGUCUGUCAUUUUUCUCUGUCGAUACCACUCCCUGAAGGUAUUUACUCCAACAGCAUGGCAGACAUCCAGUUCAUCGGGUUCACCAUGUGUCUUCAAAGAAAUGAGAGGCUUAAUGAGCAUUUAUUUUAAACUGUGAUCAGUGAAAGUAGAUUCAGCAACACGCAGACACACAUGUUGUGAUUUGACAUCUUUCUGACAAAUCUCACAUGCUCUGGUCAAUCCUGAACUCAAAGGAUACAUACUUUUCAAAGGGUUAUGAUAUGUGAUAUGUGUAGCAGGUGUCAGCUUGCCAACUCUUAAGUGAUUUUCUUGUUGUUGUCUUUUGUCUUACAGGCUCUGGGCAGAGAGCACCACAGAAAACCUGUAGUGAGUAACUUUACAGAUCAGAAAUUCAAGGAUGUAGAUGUACGUUAAAGUCAUUUAUGCAACUGCUCUGUCAUUGGUGGCACAAAAAUCUGUCAGCAAAGGCCCAGCUGGGGGAUGGAUUCCCAGUUCUGGCAAGAUUUGGUUCAUGUCAUCCUCUCCCUUUCCUGUGACUCUCUCAUGUCACGGUGUCCCCUCCAAAAAAAAGUUAAACCCCUGCAAAAACACACAGGGGUUUUCUUACGAAUUAUACCAAUAUGCUAGCCUCAGAGUGAGCACUUAAAUGACUAAUCAGAGCCCGUGGCUUUUACACAGUCAGAAGUUAAGGUCUGGACAUGGGGAAGUAACUCAUCCUUGCUCCCAGUUUCUCCCUGCGGUUACCGGCAGUAUCACUGUCCAAAAAUCACCUUGUUGCCUCUCCGGGUUUGUCCCCACAAGCCACAAAUUCAAGAAACAGAGAGAACUGCUGAAAUGACGUCUGAAACUGCACUUUUUUUUUACUUUCUAUGAUGAAUUUUCAACCAUUAAAGGUUCAAUAUUCAACAACUUAUCUCAAGCUUUUAGAAAAUUCAGGUAUGUGUUAUCAUGUGAAGACAAUUUUCCAGUAGUCUUGUGUUGCAUAUUUAGAGGUGAAUUACAUCUACUCCAUGCCCCACUCAUUAGACUGUAAAACACCACCUCCAGGUUCGGCAUUGAGGUUUUAACGAGGCAUCCAUCACAGACCCACAGCUGAAAUAAAGUGGGAAUCGAAAAACACUCGCUGCCGACUCGUACAAAGCCGGUCUGGUUAAUAAUGUAUUAAUAGUGACACCAAAGCAAAGCAAUAAACUGUGUUCCUGUGAGCUUUUUAAUGAGCAGCUCUGCCUCACAUACAAACAAGUUUCAGCUUUACGAGGUCUCUCUGCUUCAUUGUGAUUUUGCUGGUGUUUACAGGUUAAACUGACAGCUCUAAAAAAACAUUCCCCCAACCCUCUGGCUACUAGGCUUGAGCCAGCGUAGCUAAUAUUAUCUCUCUGAUAAAAAAAUCAAAGAGAGUCAAUUUCAACUGUUUAAGCCACAGUUUGUUUUUUUGGCAAUAUGAACCCAAACUCUAAAACUGCUGCUUUUGCUGACAGAGACAGUUACUACUAAAUAAACACACCUCUGUAGUGUGAACAGAAUCCUUUUUUUCCAUUUCUCUGGCAUUCGUUGACAGCUAAAAUAAGUUAAAGCUCAUUGAUUGUUAGUGAAAUUUUCAAGUUAUUUCACACGUUUAUUUAUUAUUUCUUUUCCACAGCCGCCAGCACCAGAUGAUCUCUCUAUUGUGUGCUUCACCAGCGGAACCACGGGUAAAAUCUUUUAAAUCUUUAUGAGAAUCAUGAACAUUAUUUCCUAUCCCUCAAGAAAAAUUCACAUACUAGUUAAAGCUGAGAUGUAAGACACAGCUAACUAGCCGAAAUGAUAAAGUCCUGAUACUUUUUUACAGCUGAAGUAUAACAAAAGUAACACAAGAUUAUCAGCGAUUCAAGUAAUUUAAAGAAAACUUUAUUCCAAUAAUUUCUUUCAUACUAAAAUUCACAGAAACUGAGAUCACACAAACUGAAAACUAAAUCCCUCAUGUUGUUGCUUGCUUUUAUUUAACCCUUUAACUACUUUUGUAUCAUAUUUGAUACGUACUUUUAUGAUACUUCUAUCAAAUCAAUAUGAUCAACAAAUUACUUAAAAAAACACCUGAAUACAGUCCGAUAAAUGAUGAAAAUGUCCUCUUGUGGUUUGUCAGUUUCCAAAAACAUCCAAGGUAUCAAACAAGAUAAAUGAAUAUAUUUGGGAGAUUUUAAGGACAUUCUAAUUUUUUUGGUUUUCAGUAGUAAGUGAAAUAAACAUUUCAGCUCCAAAAAAACUUAAAUUUUCUGGCCAUAAUUUGUAAGGGCUAACAAUAUUCGAUUAUUAGAUAACAAAACUUAAAGGUUUAAGCUUAAACAUAAAAUUAAAAAAUACAGACAGAAGCCAACAACGUCAAUGGGCAAGAAAUAAUGAUGACAACAGUAAUGCAGAAAAAAAGGUUGAAAAUUUCAACUGAUUACAUUUGAAAACAGCUACGAUAGAUUAUUCAGAAGAUUACGCAACUUUUUAAUGUCACAUUUCUAGUUUGGCUAUUGAAUCUCUGUCCUAAAUAUUUUCCACAUUGUCCUGUGCCAAGUCAGCAGUUUGUUAGAUCACUAUAUAAUUAUCAAGCAACCACACCUCACCAAGAUUCCCCUCCCUGACAUCAGUCCAACCUGCUGCACACUGCCUGUUUGUCCACAAAGUCCAUUGACCUGAUCUCAUAACGUGUUUUCGAACAGUAAAAUGACUCAUAACUGAAUACGAUCCCUUUUGUUUACACAUUUACAGGUUACAAAAAUAAGUUUGCUAAGAUUUUGUGCAUGCACAUAAAGCUGCUGCAGAGGUGUGACACAGACAGACAGACAGAUCAUUGAUUUUUAAUUAACAUAUAAUUGCACCUAAUUUUUUAACGAUGUGGUGUUUUCACCGCGUAAUGGGUUUGUAAAGCUGUACGGGAAAACUCGCAGAUGACACACCUCCUCCAUUCAAAAUAUUUACAAAGAAUUCAUCCCUGAGCAUUAAUGGUAUUCUUUCAACGCAGCUGCAGGCGACAUGUAAGCCCUGAAGUUCAUGGGUGACUGCCAGUUGAAAACCUCAAAAGUGGGACAUAUCUAAAGUCUGCACAAUCAGUGAGCCGCCUCUCCUCUGUAUCUGAUGAUCUUGUGACUCAGUGGACAGUCUGAGGCCAAUACAAACCCAGAUAAUUCAUACUGAAAAUAGAAGCUCAAAUGCUGUUGCUCACUUUUGAUUAACAACUUGAUCAUUAAGUGUCACAUAUUUAAUAAAAUCGCACUUUUGAGACACUUAACCUCACUUUUGUCUUUUGAAAAUAAAUGAGAUUACCGUUCGUAGAUUGAUUACUUUAUACAAUGAAGCCUCUUAAGCACAGAGGUCUCCUGUAGGUUGAAUUUCUUUGUUUAAAAUUAAGUUUUAGAAAUCCACGAAUUUAAGUAGAACAAACUGAAACUGUCUUUUAAAAUAAGGAACAAACUUGAAGAGUCAGCACAGAAAUUAUGAUGUUUUUGUGACCAGAUACUCUCAAAAAGAAUAUCCAGACAACAAGCAUUUACUGUAAGUGCAUCCAGUUUCCUCACAGCAUGCAGGAGCUCUCUUAUCAAACCAAACUCCACUCCACCUCUCCACACAGAUUCUCCUGCAAUAUCCGCAAAUGCCGACAGGGUCAGAAGAGAAAGAAAGCUCAGCUGCUUACAGGAAAUUCUUAUCAUACAACAGCAGUGGCCUCUGUCACCAGCAUGACGGGGCAACAGCAAGAUCAUUUAAGGACACGCUGGUGUCAGUUUACAGUUAGCUGGCCUCACUUUCACUGCCACCUGCUGGCUGUGAGGAGAGCAUGCAGCUUUCCUGAACACAGGGCUGAGUUUCCACAAAAAGCUGAGCAUUUUCUGAGAAUUCCCUCCGUCUCUUUUGCAACAGUCAGUGUAGCUUUUUACCAAGAUCAACACCGCUUACCGCUGACUGAGGGAGUCAGAUGACAGGUCUGAAAAGAGGAACGACUUAUUUCAGAGUUGUUGCCCCACAAAUCUAUUUUUGUAAAAAGGUCCCCUGUGGAGUUACAGUAAUUGUGAAAAAAAUCAGUUAGCUGUAGAAAUUUCCAAACACUGUUUAUUUACAAAGAGCUGUGUUUUUCAGAAUAAAACUUCAUCAUUUAUGUUGUGUAUUUAUUUAACUAUGUUUUGAAUAUGUAAGUGGCGAAGGUGCCAUUUUAAAGUAAGAGAAACCAUAUUCACAAAUGAGGGUUUUUAAAGGAAAUACGUUGUUAUUAUGGGUGAGUUUUUAUAAGAUUUUGAAAGACUUCUCAUACUGUUGCAGGGCUGAAUCUUUCUUUGUGACAAAAAUAGUUAAAAACAGAUUAAACUAUUCUGUGAAAUCAAUUCUAUAUCGUGGAUACUAUCCCUAUACUAUCCCUUUACACAGAGUCGGUCCAAGCCUCAAUGGGGCUCUAAGCAAAAUUAGAUUUUGGGGUCCUCUAUCUCUGCCAAUAAUAUUGAUUGUUGAUCAUUCACACACCUCCGAAAAUCUCUUUGAUUAACAUUCCCUGAAAUGCAAAAAUACCUUUAUCUUGGUGUUUUUUCUCUUCUUCCUAUUUCUUCUCUCUGCUCCUGAAGGAUAUGUCCUUAUUUGCGACAUUGUUUUGCCCCAAAACUACCUGCUCUUUGGAUGCUCAGUGCACAUUACGCAGCAGGAGAAACAUGACGGUAGCGAAGCUUUGACAUACCAGCAGUAAGAAUCAUAGGCCUACAUCAGCAGCUGCACUUAAAUGUUUUUACUUUAUUUUAUUUUUAUAAUAAUAUAUAUUUGAUCAUAAAGAAAGCAUCACUCACGCAUGCAAAAAACAAAAAAUAUUAUUAUUAUUAUUAUUAUUUAUUAAUUUUUUUAUCGCUCUCAGGGGGCCCCUAUUGGCCGCGGGGCCCUAAGCAGGCACUUAGUUCGCUUAUGCCUUGGGCCGGCUCUGCCUUUACACUAUAAAAUAGACCAACAUACUAAGAAAAUGUUUCAUUAUCAACUCUUUUGAGGGUUUUUUUUUUAUGGUAGGGGACUGAAGGUUCAGUUUUGUGAUACCUGACUGUGUUUGUUGUCCGUGUGCAUACAGGAAACCCAAAGGGAGUCAUGCUCACCCAUGGGAACGUGGUGGCAGAUUUCUCAGGCUUCCUCAAAGUGACAGACGUACGUGGCUUCCUGUUUUCUCUGCAAUGGUUAAUUUACCUCUUAUGUUGUGUUUACCUUUUCACCUCCUACAUGUUUCAUAUGUCUGUUUUUACUGUGGUCCUUUCCCAGUCUUGCAGCUUGUUUCUGUAUUUUCAGGGUGUCCCCGUGUUGCCUGAUCUCUUUUCAGGUCAUCUGAUUGUCUGUCUUCCCUUUUUUUUUUACCUGCAGAAAGUCAUCUUCCCCAACCAAGACGAUUGCCUCAUUUCCUUCCUGCCACUGGCUCACAUGUUUGAGAGACUGAUAGAGGUAAAUUUGGCUGACUUCAGAUCCGUGACCACAAGAAUGCAAUAAUUGUGUGCUAAUGAGUGCGAGCGGGGGAGGAUCUGUGUGACUUUGAAGGUGGGCGGUAGAGAUUAUUUAGUGUGUGGGAGGGAGGAAGUGACCAAGGGAGGGGGAGGAUCUGUUCUCCCUUUCCUUUCCUUAAGUUUCGUUUUCCAACUCGGAGUAGGAAUGCCUGGCGGGGUCCCUCCCACACACACGUACACUCAUACACAGUUAACCCUGUAAGCUCUGUAUUUGUGUUUGGUGGAAACUAUUGACUGAUCAUAUUUUUUAAGUAGGAGAGGAUAAAAAAUGAGACAUAUCAUGUUAGGGACCCUGUUUCAAAGGGGAGCAUUAAGGGCCUAUGUCCACUGACACAGCUUUUUGUGCUGUUACAGCUUGUAUUUUACAGGAAACCAGCAGUUUGGUGUUAUUAGUCCUCAAGAACACAGUCAACAUCAGCUGUUUUUUGUUACCGCACUCAGAGCGCUUUCAGAUGGACAAAGUUCAACUUGCGUAAAAACAACUGUACUUGUAAAUGUCACUUCUACCUUUGAGACCAGAAAUUACAUUUCUGAGUAUUUCUGCGUUCAAAUGUGUGAAUCUCUGGCAGACACAAGGAGAUUUCAUACAUCACAAAUCCAAGCUCCGCCCCCGGAGCCCCGCGAUGCAGGCCAGACUCGGAGAAAUAGAGAGGAUGAUUGCAGAACAAAACCGUACGGUAGCAGAUUGCAAGUUACUUAGCACAGAUGAACGUUAAAACAAAGACAUUUAGCAAACUGUUAAAGCACAAAAACCAUCGUCAUAUGAGAAAUCCGACGCUAUGACUCUCCACAAGUUGUCCUUCAGGUCGUUAUCUUUGUGAUAUUUGUGUUUUUUAUCAAAAAGCACUCUGUUCUCCGACACGUAAACAAUCAGCUGGUCGGCCAUGUUGGUCAGAAGAGGACACACAGUAUGCAAAACUUAAAAAUUAAAAAAUAAAUGCUGCAAUAUUGCAUGACGGGAAAACAUUACUGAUGUGAACGCUUGUAUUGACAGGAUACGGGUUUGGAAAAAAAUAUUGACGUCCGAAAUAAUCUCCUGAAAAAAAGCUCCUGGUGUGAAAGGACCUUUAGGCUGCAAGCUAGCGUAAAACGGAGUGUGCAGAGCGGCGCUGAUGCCGCCCACGGCUCAGAGGCGAAUUGCUAAUGAGCUACUGGAGCUCUGCAGAAGAAAAGCCCUUAAAAAUGACACAGUUAAUGCGAUUUUGGCCAAAAACUUAAUCACAAUUUAAAGACCACUGAGAACACUUUAACUUAUAACUUUAACUUACUCACUUUUACUGAAAAAAAAACCAUCGGAGUGGGACUUUAACAGUCCUACUAGGGAACGCAGAAACACCAUGGGACAACCAGCACUCUGAAACAGAGGUUGUGGGUGCUGGCUGCUUAAAAUUUAGCAAACACAGGCCCCCAGUGAAAGGGUGGGCUGUUAUUCCCAUAAGUGUCUGAACUUUUUAAAGAGUGCACUGUUCUGCUGUGAAAAAGCUCCUUCAUUUCUAAGUUUCAGUUUUACCCAAACACCAGAGUUCUGAGUAAUCCCACAGUACUGCUGCCAACGGGAAUUUUGCUGUAUGAGGGCUUUGUAGUAAAAUGUGCCCUUCUGUAAAAACCACAUGUAGAGACUUGCUAAUGUAUCCAAGAAGCCAGUUUCCUCCCCCAGAAACGUACAGAGUCUUGCACAAGAACUUUAAACUCGUGACACCACAGCAAAAAAAAAUAGUCCGAUCUAUUGGGUUGUUUGUGAGGGACGGACAUGAAUCAGCACUUGCAUUUAGUGAAAUCAUUUCCUCUAUUAGGCUUUUGUUUGCUUUUCUAACAGUGGAAAAAAAGUCCAAAAAAAAAGCCCAUCUGUUUUCAGGGUGUAAUACCUUAAACUGUGAGAGAACCAUGACUACAGCCAGCUUUUGUGUCUGUCAAGUGUCACUUAAAAAGAUAUAGGUUUGUGCAGGUCACAUGACUCUCCACAGCAUUUACAAACUAGAACAAAAAAAGGGAGGGGACAACAAAAUGCCCCAAGAUGAGGAUGAUUUCCCCUGGCUUCCCUGACGACUUUUCCAAUGACACAGAGGAAAACACACACACACACACAAUGAAGUCUACAUUUAACACUUGUUAGGAUUGCGUCAGAUAAUUUGGAGGGCCUGUCUAAAUCUGUCUCACACACACAGUGACAAAUAUCACAGUGGAAACAUGAGUUCUCCGGUUAAUUUUCCGGAGAUACACCCACCUUUCCUGUUUACUCGGAGGUCUGCAGUCCUCGCUAGAGUGGACAGCCCUGGUUAACAUUCGUUUUGACUCAGACUGGCCUGAUUGAUUUAAUCACUGGAAUUUCUGUACCCCCUCCCUGAAAAACUAUUUAGGCCAUCACUAAAACAAUCAUAUGAAUGGGAUAUUGUGGACUUGUUUCAAAGGAAAAGUUGCUGCGUUUGACCACUCGAGGUCAAAAUGAAGAGGCUUUUUAAAGUGAUCUUUGUUUACUGUGAGAUUAAACACAUUAAGAUAAAAAAAAAAAACACCUUCAAGAGUUUCCUAGCCAAGACGGAAAGUGUUGCAUUUAAUGAGGUUUCUAAUAAUCAACUAUAAUCAACUAUACAAAUACAGUUUAAAGUUAUAACCGUUUACGCUCUUUUUGGUUCCCACAUAUAUUUAUAUGCCCAGCUCAUAUGGGCUUACAUGACACUGUUAAUUCAGACAGUCCACGAUCAGAGCAUAUAAUAGAAUAGAAUAGAAUAGAAUAGAAUAUUCCUUUAUUGAUCCCCAUGGGGGAAUUUUUUUUUUGUCACAGCAGCAUCACAGACAAAGAGUGCAAAAAUGCAGUUAUAAAAAUAAAGACCCUUAUAUUAAGAACUUAAAUAAAUGUAAUAAUUAAGAAAAAAAUUUAAAAAAGGAAAAAGGGAGAAGGCCUGAUAUCAGGUCUCAUGAGUCUACUUGUACUGGCAGCAUAAGACAGAUACAAAACAUACACAAAUAUAUACAUACUCUAAUUUAAGAGGCUAUCCCGUCUCCUUUUCCAGGCUUUUGAGAGAAAACUAGCAAUCUUAAACACAUCAAAAUCCAGUUUUCCCACCACAUUAUUUUAGGCUUCUGACAACAGACUUCAUAAAACAAAACCCCUCUUAGUUCAUCAUAGUUUGUACAGUGAAAAAGGGAACCGAAACACGGUUUCCGUUUCACCCAGAUCACACGACUCAGCUACAGUAGUCUGUUUUCUUCAGGAAUAUUCUUGAACUGACCGACCUUGAUGGCCAGAGGAAGAACACCAGAUCUUAGCUGAGCGACUGAGGAGCUUUGGCUUUGAGAGAAAUUAGAUGUUACAUAUCAUUAAUUCAGGGUUAAAUUUCAGGGUUAAAAUGUUAAAAACAUGAUUAUUAUUCAUUUCAAAAUGGAUUACUGGAUAAAAGAUCAAAUAUUUCACAAAUCAACUACAUCAAUAAGUAUGACAUUACAGCCAGAUGUGUCUGCCUCUAUAUUGUUUAUCAUCACCUUGAAUUCCCCCAAUGAGUCCAGUCUAUUUAGCUUCAGCUCUUUUUGGUAUGUGCUCUAUAAAAAACUUAAACAGCUUUCCCUCGGUGUAGUUCAGACUUUAAAGAUAGUGCCGGGAUCAAGGAUUAUCAGUUCUUGAACUCUUCUGUCUGAAGGUAUGAAGGACGCAGACAUAACACUGUUGAUAUUGAUGGUUCAAGGUCACGAUCCUGAACAUUGUCUUUUCAUAUAUUUUUAUUUUGGCAUCCAUUUGAACAAAACAAGACCAUAGAGCAAAGUGAGACAGACUCUUUGUUGCAUUUUAUUCCUCCUGUAAAUAUCCGAUGUGUGUGGCUUCAUCUGUUCACUGUAGGUUUACUCAGCGCAUUAGUUUGUGUAAAGGAGGAUUUUUAAAUACAGAUAUACUAAGUUACAGAUCCACCUGUUGGACACACCACUUAGUUGUUAUUCUGGCAUUUCUUGCCAUCAUACCCAUUUGUAGUUUUGACAGCCUGGCUGCAACUUCACAAAAACUGUAAAUGGCUUUCACCAAAGUCAAACUUUCUAUCUUAAGGCGAAAGUUUGAUUCUUGAUGCUCUCCGGAUGUUACAUUUUACAACAAGAGCUGAUCACAUGAACUUGAAUUAUUCUGACUGCAGCAAAUAUUCACAUUCUGGUUCUCCUUGGUGUUGGUUUUUCUGCCACUUGAGUUUUUCUUCUGCUUUACAUCAGCAAUUUUCACUUCAUUCUUUUUUUUUUUAACCAAAUUACCACUAAAAAGACUGUGGGCACGGUUUUAGUACACAACCAUGAAUAAAACCCCAGCAUUAUCGAUCAAAAGACUCUUCUUGCUUACUUCAGGGCGUUUCAACCCUGAUCAAUGUCCAUUAAUGGGAAAAAAAAUGGAUAUCUAAUUUGAAAAGCGAAAAUAUGUGUCCUAAACCUGUAUUUCUUUUCUUGGUAUGCCUCCCUGAAUAGCUGCAGUGCUCUGCAAAUCUUCUGUAAUGUUUAUUUAUUGAUUGCAUCAUUCGGUUUGUACCUUCAACUGUGGGUAUUUUGUGCCAUGUGCAUAUCAUGAGUUGCAUCAGGUUAAACCAGCCCGGUUUGUUUGCCUGCAGUUGCAGAAUCAGCGUUGCCCGGGCUUUUAGAUUCAGACACAGGAAACCACCCAACUUCCCCAGCAGAUCAGCUCAGCAGGUCUCAGAGCAGAAACUACAGACACAAACACAAAACCACGCCACUCUGCGUUCAACACGCAAUGUGUCAAUCAAAGACAAAAAAAGGGGCGAGGAUUAAACUAAAUCUUCAGAUAGAUGUUGGAACAGGAAAAGAGACAAAUAUGGUGAAUUUCUCUGCAGCAAAAAGACACAGGAAGUUGAGGGCUAGUUCACCCUCGGUUCACAUUGAGGGCUCUAUUUUCGUGCCUCGCCGGAUACGUGCCGCAGGUGCGGCGUCAGUCAGGUCCGCCGCGCCGACAAGGCGUUCCCAAACACAAUUUGGUAUUUUGGUGAGCGGCGCAGCCUGGGGUAAGUAUCGCGCAUCGCGCUCUGUGGCCUGGCUCUUUCUUUCAUAGAUGUUGGCAUAUAAAAUAAAUUUGACUCACAAAACUGAAUAUUAUAAUAUCCGUAUGUCGGCUUAAAGUAAAUAACUCAUCUGAGCACUGAAACAAAUCAUCUGUUCAGGACAGAGAGAGGACACGGAGACAUGUCCAGGUCGAGCUGCGCGAGAAAUAAGAGGAAGAGGAAGAAAGAAAAGGAGGGAGACAAAUUAAAUAUCUUGUUAACUUCAUCAUGUGUGUAUAUUUACUAGAUAUUUAAUUUAAUGCGGUUUCAGCUGUGUAGAUUCGGUCAGGUUGUGUGUCCAAACGUGUGCCAAACGCGCUCAUCAGAUCAGAUAUAGAUCAGAAUAUAUCUAUAUAGAUCUAAAUAUAUGUGCUGACUCAGAUUAUUAGUUGUUGAUGAUUAUUUAUUGCACUGAAAUGUGCCUGAAACUGUGGAAAACUGCCUGUGAGGCAUCAGUGACGUAUGCCGAUACGCCGCCGGUCUACGCCCACUGAUUCUGUCGACACCUCCCCCUGCCACGCCACCACGCCCAGCUUGGCAGAUCUCGGUUCGCCUCCGUGCGCCUCAGUCCAUGAAAAUACCAAACUGGCUGUACGCUGGGCUCCGCCAGACGAAAAUACAACGGCGCGGGGUCCGCCACCCUCCGCCGCCUCACCGGCGUACACGAAAAUAGAGCCCUUAGUCUUUGCUCUGAUGUGUGAACAGAGGCGUGGCACGUGUGGAUUAAAAAAAUUACCUUUAUGUUGCAGUAAAACUCAGAAACUUCAGCUGUACUGAAGUUCGUGGUUCUCUAAUGUGAGUCAGAAAUGUAAAAUAUAACCAGCAGCACCACUUAGACAGUCUCUCCCUCCCUUUUGGGGGUGGAAGGUGGAUACUGAGGUUUCUAAAAAGGAGCAGUAGUGGUUUUCACACAUGACUUGUGAUCGUGAAUCAUUUUUCUUCUGCUGCUAAUUUGAGUCAAUCUUUUCUGAAGGCCUGCAGCACUUUCUCUCCCACAUAGACUUAGUACCAAAAGAGUUGUGCCUCCACAGGCAGAGGGAGAUGUUGCAAAACAAUCCGCAAGUUCAUCUCAGUUCGCACAUAGUUUUUUCAUCCAGUUCAAACAAGAAUUAAUUUGAAAUAAUAAAAUAAAACCUGCAAGGCAUUUCGCUGUUUAUCAUAUCGUAAAACAGAAAAAUGCGUGGGGGGUUCCUCUUUUAGUCAGUGGCACGAGAUUUACAAGUGUGGGAAUUAUGACCUUAACAGAAACUUGUGACUGAAUGGUCCCCACAUGACAUGAUUGAUCAAUGAUGCUUUUGUCCAUUUAUCAGAAAUGUACCUGUUUGUAAUGUGCCAUUCACAUUAAAUUAUUCACAUAAAACAUGAUUGGAACAUAUCCCAUGGUCUGUUUAAUGAAGACUUUAUACCAGUUCCCCAUUAAAGGGAUAUUCCGGCAUUAAAUUAAGUCAGGGUCAAACACACUGUAACACUGAGUUAGACACCCUCUCGAGAGAUGAAUGUUGCCGACCUUCUCUAGUUAUACCAACUCUAGUAACGACCGCCGAUAGCAAUACACAGCGGUCUGAGGAACCAUAAACAAACCUCAACCAAAACGCCACUCUAUAGCCACAAAUAAUGCUCAGAACAGCACCUAACUUCAUCAACAGUACAUAUAGGGUCCCAGCCAUAGUACUAGCCACCAAACAUCUUUUUAACUUUGUCUAAUUUCUUUCACAAAGAGACUAAACACAACUCACCUUCUCUCACCCAGCAGCCGUUUGUUUUUAGCGGCCAGUCCAUUACGGAUUAGCUCAAGGAGGAACAUUUAUGAUCAUUACUUCAUGGAAAUGCAAUACAGACCGAGACUCUAAGGCAGAAGAACUACCGCGUCUGCGGUGCAAAAUUAUUAAUAUGGUGAUUAUUACUUCAAGGAAAUGAUAAAGAAAUGAUCAUAAAUGUUCUUCCUUGAGCUGCGUCACCCCACAGCAGUCCGUAAUGGACUGGCCUGAGGUCUCCCUACAAACAAGCGGCUGCUGGAAGAGAGUAGGUGAGUUGUGUUUAGUCUCUUUGCUAAAGAAAUAAGGCAAAGUCAAAAAGAUGUUCGGUGGCUAGUACUAUGGCUAGGACCCUGUAUGAACUGUUGAUGAAGUUAGGUGCUGUUCUGAGCAUUAUUUUUGGCUAUAGAGUGGCGUUUUGGUUGAGGUUUAUAUAUGGCUCCUGAGACCGCUGUGUAUUGCUAUCGUGCGGUCGUUACUAAAGUUGGUAUAACUAGAGAAGCAAGCGGUCAGCAACAUUCAUCUCUUGACAGGGUGUCUAAACUCAGUGUUACAGUGUGUUUGACCCUAAAUUAAUCUUACGGCGGAAUAUUCCUUUAAGAUUGCUUUUUCAAUAUCUUUUGAACACACGACACUUACAGUAUGUUCAAAUGCAAAAUAUAAAGAUCCAGUGGGACCCCCCUGCUUUUGUUGCAUACAUUACACAGCCUAACCUUAGUUGCCACCACAACCUUAACAACGUUGCCACGUGGUUGUCGACAACACAAAAACUAUCCACCCGAUCAUUUGGCGCCUCAUGACCCCUUUUUUCUGAGCGUGGAGUUAAAGAGACAGUAAGCGUCAUCACAUUAACAGGGUUAUCGGGUGGGCAUUUCCCCUCAUUUGGACUUCGCCUCCUUAAACGAACCUCUACCCACCAACUUUCUCUGCCCAUCAAACUGAAUUUCUCUGAUUUAUGGAAGUGAAAAACUAUUUGGUAUUAUCCCUUCCCAGUUCUUGAGAUUUUUAAACCAAAAAAACCCCACCAAAACGCUAACAGAGCCAUGCUCACUUUCUGUGUGUCCUUUUUCAGUCUGUGGUGUAUUGUCAUGGAGGUCGGAUCGGGUUCUAUCAGGGUGAUAUCCGUCUACUCCCUGAUGACAUGAAGGCCCUGCGGCCGACCAUCUUCCCCGUGGUGCCUCGACUGCUCAACCGGAUGUAUGACAAGGUGAGUGAAAAAAUAUUGCAAAAUACCUGUUCUCUUGGAUUAGUGAACUGUUUUUUUCUAGCACUGAUCCCCCUAAUUGAUUCUCGAGAAAAACCAAACCAUCCGUGGGUGUAAGUUUUGGAUACCAAAACUUACACCCACGGAUGGUUUGGUGGCAAGGAUUUGUGGUUAGACUGUGUAAUUAUCUCAUUUUUCUGCCUGUAUGAGUCACUUUAGUAAAUCUGGCAUGCACCACUGUAGUACUGUGGAUUUAAGGACUGAGUGAAAGGCUCACCAUGACUAAUCCUCCUUUAUAACUCAGGUUUCGUCAGAAGUGUCUAUUGCAUAAUCCUUAAAUAGUACCAGACUUUUUCCCGAGAAUCACUUGAGGAGAACAAUGGUGUGUUUUUUUUUUAUGCUGUCUGAUCAUCAGGGACAUAUUUGCUGAUACAUGAACUGAGAGCAAUUGAAUUGAAUUGAAUUUUUGUGUUUAUAAACCAUGCCUUUUAGCAAACAUGUUUUCAAAUCUCUCACAAAGUUGAGGUUUUAACUAUUAAUCUCUAAACUUGGGUUUAUAUUAGGUUUAAUUUGUUUUUUAAAACGUGUUUUAUGCUCUACAUCAUUUUUUUAAAUCUUUGUUCAAGUUAAUUUGAUUGUCUUUUUCUCUUCUGCAGAUCUUCAGCCAGGCUAACACCCCGUUGAAACGUUGGCUGCUGAACUUUGCUGCGAAGAGAAAAGGUGCAGAGGUCAGCAGUGGGAUCAUUCGCAGCGACAGCAUCUGGGACAAAAUCUUCUUCAGUAAGAUUCAGGUAAUCACAACGUUGGUGACACAAGUUCAUGUCAUUGUGCUGUGAUUAUUUGUAAUGUUUUUUUAUACAGUAUAUUGCACAAGAGCAUCUCAACAUGGUGACAAAACAAUCAAUUUAAAAAAAAAGGUGUAGUCAUAUUUACUCUGCAUAUUUAAUGAUUGCAUUUUAAGUGACCUGUGACAAUUAAAGUGACUUAAAUCUCCAGUUAGGAGUUUUUAACUGGUUAUGAAACAGAAUGAAAUGAACGGUCCAGCUUUUUAUGACUGAGAAUAGUAAAUGAGACUGUCAGCAACAAGACUGACUACUUUUCCAUUAAAAGCGGCGAGCACACUGAGAAAAUGGCUUUUUCCCGGUGAGUGAAAUGUUUAUAUUUUCAAAGACAGCAGGUGGAACAUAAGCAGAACAUCUGCAAACAGCUAAGAGGCAUUCCUUUGUCCACAGGGGGCGCCAAAAUCAACACCAAAAAAAAAACUCCUUACAGGAGCUUUUAAGCCCCGACCGUUUUCCUAUGGUUUUGUUUCUUUUCUGGAACAAUAUUUCUCUAAAUCAGUAAUCCUUUGUGACUGAAAGUGUCCUAAUUUGAAUACAAGAAAUAAAAGUACUUUUCUGUGAGGAUUCUGUUUUAAAAUGGUAUUUUGGUUAGAUUUAGGGUGACGGAAAGACCCAACAAGUUUCAUCAGAUUCUUGUUGAAAUAAACCAAAACAUUAAUAGCACACAAGAAUCAAGAAAACAUAAGACAGCUAAAAACUUAGUAUGUUUCUUAAUUUUGGACUUAUUGCUCUUUAAAAAAAACUUUGCACGUUCUACAAAGGUCAUUUCAAAAAUGAAUUCCUCUUUUUAAAAAAUGAUUUCUUUAUUGUUGUCAUAAGGGAAUCAGAAAAAUAGACCCCUCUGUUUCAUUAAUAUUGUGCUGUCACACUACAGGCCAGCCUGGGAGGACGGCUGAGGAUGAUUAUAACAGGAGCAGCUCCUACCUCACCCAGUGUGCUGGGAUUUCUCAGAGCCGCUCUGGGGUGCCAGGUCAGAGACGACGGUUAUACAUACAGUAUAUAUACACACACACACACACACACAUGUUUAUACUACUACUCCACAGGGAUCUUAUUCAGUGAUUUUACUGACCAAAGCCCUUACCUUUACCAAAAUCCAACUCAACAACCAUAACACAGAUACACAGGCCCCUCAGUGGCACUUUAACACUUAUAACUGAAGUGUGUGGAUGCACUGAAAUCACACAGCCCUCUCACCAUUAUCUGUGCCUGUGCAGGUGUACGAGGCGUAUGGGCAGACUGAGUGCACGGCUGGCUGCACCUUUACCACACCUGGAGACUGGACCCAAGGUGAGAACAUCUCUACCACUUCCUGACUGUGAGAACUUGUCAUUUUGACCCAGGGCUAAACUUCUUUUGCGCUACCAUGUUUAUUUGUCUGUGAAAAUAUACUUUUAAGAUACCUUAAUGACACAACACAUUUGUGGCCGCUCAGCUGCUUUCUCUUUGGUUUCUCUGCGAGUCUGUAAACAGUCAUUUAAAUUUAUUUUAAAAGUGAGCGAUUGUGCAAAAACAAGUGGCAGAUUUGUUGAAUUUCACUUUUUCUUGCUCUGUCCCUCUGAUUAGGUCAUGUUGGGGCCCCACUGCCCUGCAAUCUCAUUCGACUGGUGGAUGUUCCUGAAAAAAACUACUUUGCCUCUAAGGGGGAGGGAGAGGUGAGAAAUAGAGAUUACUUAUGUGCCAUAAAUAUGGAUUUGUUUGUGUUUGUCAUUUGAGGUGCUUUAAAUUAGUCAUACCUGUCUGAAUCUAUAACAGGAGACAAGGGUUUCAGAAUAAAGCUUUUGCAUCACUACAUGUUAUCAGCCAACCUUUGCUUGCUUCUUAGUAAACCAGCUCUAUAAAGGCCAUGAUAAGAAAGUACAAUAUCUCUCCCCGUUGGUGGAGUACUGUUUAGUUUUUAUGUUUGGACCCAGCUCGUCAACUCUCAGCUCCUCCUGCACAGAUAUCCUCUCAAAUUAGUUUUUUUUUUUAUCAUUUUGUAAGAAGCACUUUAGUGGCUCCAGCCUCAAACUUUCCCCUCAGGUUCAACUUCUCACUCCCACACUGUGGACUUUUGCUGCCACCUGCUGGUUUAAGGAGUGUAAUGUGUUAUGGGCGUAUGAUUGCUCCCCGAGCAGCUCCUGUUUCUUGUACAGAAUAAGGGCAGUUUCAGUCGAAUGCUGCAUGUUUAUUCUUACCUUGACCAUUUAAAAUAUUUUGUGUGUUUCAAACUUUUUUUACUUGAAUUUUAUUUAGUAAUUUUUUGCUGUCCUCCUGUGGAGAGUGGUGGAGUGGUGUCUUUGCACCCUAAGUUGACUUGCUGCCACUACAUUUACCCUCUUUAAUUUAGACUCUAUUCUCCUGUCCAGAUUUGUGUGAAGGGACCAAACGUGUUUAAGGGCUACCUCAAAGACCCAGAGAGGACGGCCGAAACACUGGAUCCAGAUGGCUGGCUUCACACCGGAGACAUUGGACAGUGGUUACCUGUAUGUCCACUCCAUUAUUAAAACAUUAAGCUACCAUAUGUGUUGAAAUAAAUUAAUUUAAACUUAUUUUUAUUCCUGUUUUUAGAAUGGCACACUGAAGAUUAUUGACAGGAAGAAGCACAUCUUCAAGCUGGCUCAGGGCGAGUACAUCUCCCCUGAGAAGAUCGAGAACAUCUACAUUAGGAGUGAACCUGUGGCCCAGCUGUAUGUUCACGGGGAUAGUCUGCAGGUAAAACAUGAUCAGCCUCAUAAUGUUCCUUAGACUUUAGACGUACAUUUAUCUAAUCCUAAGUAACAUCAUUUGCAAUUAUCUAUCUGGUGCUGAGUUUUAAGCCAAGUAAUGAAACAGCCAAAUAAAUUCAUCCCCUUUUGUCUUUUCAGUCCUGUUUGGUGGGAAUUGUGGUCCCUGAUCCUGAAGUCAUGCCUGAAUGGGCCAAGAAAAAAGGCAUUUUAGGCACAUACAAGGACCUCUGUAAAAACACAGUAGGUGACACACAAACCAAGUUUGAGUUAGGACAAAAAGAAGCUGAAACUCAAGGGAAGUUCUCUUGGAUAUGAAAUCUUAUUUUUUUUUGUAAACAGGUGCUGAAGAAAGCAGUCCUUGAAGAUUUGGUGCGUCUUGGCAAGGCCAGUGGUCUUCACUCAUUUGAACAGGUAUUCAUGCAAAAGAAUUGCUUACUCAGGCAUCUGUUCAACUGACAGUUAUCAAUCCAGGCGUUGCUAUAUCAUUGUUAUAUUUCUAUCUCAAGAGUAACCCCAUGAAUGUUGGAACCAAACAACAUGGCUUUUUUUUCCUCUUUACUCCUCAAGGUGAAGAACAUCUACAUCCACAACGAGAUGUUCUCCAUCCAAAACGGCCUCCUGACUCCGACUCUGAAGGCCAAGAGACCAGAGCUGAAGGAGUUCUUCAAGGAGAAGAUCGACCAGCUCUACAGCAGCAUCUCCAUGUGAGCUCUACAGCAGAAUCUCCAUGUGAAGGCUGGCAGACCUUAUUUUCCUGCAAGCAUCUUAAUACUAAGUUCUGCUUUGACCAUUGACCUGCAGUGGGACAAAGAUACAACACCUUAGAAGUAAAAUGCUUAAGGAGAGAAAGCGAAGUCUGGCCCUUUAACAGAAGAUUUAAAAUGCAUAAACACACAAAGUGAAAUACUAUACACAUCACUGAUACCCUUGUAAUGGAAACAUUUUUUGGACCACAUUUAUGUUUAUUAGGUUUACCAGAACAUAAACCAUAACUGCUGUUGCAUUUCAGCAUUGUCCAACAGAGGGCAGCAAAGUACCAACUCUGGUGAAUACAUGGAAUUAUCUUUACUUUUCAAAAACACCUUCUCUCAUUUAUUCUUAUUACAAACACAAAACAAAGCCAAAAAGCAGAGCAAAUAACUGUCCAAUCAAAGCUCUAGAGGUAAGGAAGGCGGGGCUCAACCUUUUUCUUUUCCUGUUUUAUGGUUUGACCUCAAUGCAGCAUUAAAAAUUUCAGUCAUAAUGAAAACAUUUCUUUUUCCUUGAAGGAAAAAGCUAAAUGUAUUUUUCUGUAAAUGCAAACAAAGAAAUGACUUGUAGUAUAAUGUGUAUUUUAUUUCACCUUCUUCCUUUUUCUAUUUGUGCAUUUUAAACCUUCUUCACAUCACUUCCUGCUAUUCGUCCAAACAAACCUACAAAAUGCCCCAUCCCCUGCACCAGACACUCAUCUGCACUCUUGCUUUUAUUGACCCAUUCCUAAUUUCUGUUGAUUUGCUUAUCAUCUCGCCUCAAUAGGUUUAAGCCCACCUGUCAAAACACAACAAGAGUCCACAUUUGGGCGACAGCAAGCAUGAUGUCUUUGUGUUUAGCGUAGCUCCAGGAGAUGUCUAGAGCUGUGAUCAUGCUGACACCUUGUGGAAAUCAACUUAAUCUUCAACUGCAAAUCGUUUAUUUUCAUAAAAUGAACAUCAAGCUGUGAUUGAACUUCUACUCAACCCAGACAUCAUGCAUUUCGACCAAAAACAUGUAUCUGUUUAAGGUCUAAAUGAUAUAAAAAGGUAGGGGGAAUUGCGGCUCCUGCCUUUCAAACAACUGCUGUCUACACUGUUCCAUGUGGAGCAUCUGAAUGUUUGAGCCACCUCAGCACAGGCCAUGCAUUUACUCAUUUACAAAGUCAUCUCUACGUGGCUCUGAUCAGCAAUUGAGCAUGCAUGCUCCUUGUUUAUAUGGGAACUGGCUGCACUGUAACAAUCAUUAGAGAUCACACCUUGCAGUUGGUUCCUCACCCCCAUCUUUGCACAAAUAGUGUGUCAGGUAACAGUAAAAAAGAAAUAAUGCAAAACCAGUGCUCAGGGCAAUGCAUGCAUUUUGCCCUGCACUGCUGGGAUGGAUUGCAUUUGAUUUGAAAAAGAUUAUUUUUGUGGCCAUUUAAAGCAGGAUUUAUGCAGCUGCCCACAGCCACUGCAGCUAGUAUAAGGCUCUGUAAUGUAUGUAGGUAAAGCUGAUGGAUUUCACUCACUGAAGGAAAAUAGAACAACCAUCAACUUUUAAACAAAAGAACAACAUGAUUUUUGAGGGUUUCCACGUAGAGGUAAUGUAUAGGCUUUUUAAGUUGAUUACUGUCCCAAAGCAUAAACAAUGUGGAUGUACAUAAAUGACGACAGCUAGAUGUACGCAUAUUUAUUAAAUCAAUGGUUUGAAUGGAUUUUUUUCUCUCUUUUUGCGUGUAGUGAGAUGAAUUGUACUUAUUUAUUUAUCUAUUCUGCUGUAAAAUGGAAUCAGCACCAUAUCCUUGUAAUGAUUGAGUGCAGCAAUAGGGAAGAGGGAGGGAGGGCGAUAGGAUACGGGCAACGAAAUAAAAAAUACUCUGGAAUGAUUUUAAA